AUGGAGCUGAUGGGAUCCACCCUGACGGCGGAGUACGCCCGGCCCAAAGCCAGCCACUUCUUCCCAGCCAUCUCCACCAUGGUGUCCUCCUACCGGAACAACCAGCCCGCCCUGGCCAUGAACCCAAGUGCCAACCAGCCCUGGAGGACUAACGCCUACUACCGCACAGGCAGCGCUGCCACCAUCCCCGCCCUCUCCUCCAUCCAGAGGGAGAACCUAGGCUUCGACCUGGUCCGGGCCAAGACCAUGUUCUACCCAUCAAACCGGUCAGCCAUGACCACCCGUUACACCCCAGACGACUGGUACAAGUCCAACCAGAGCAACUACCGUGAGUCAGAGUCGUCCAGGAACAGUGCUGAGCGGCUGAGGAGAGACACCAUCAGGCUGAUGCAGGAUAAAGAGCAGCUGACCAGGAGGACCCAGGAGACCACCAGUAAGAACAUCGGGGAACGCCUCAACGACAUCAGCUUCUGGAGGUCAGAGUUGAACCAUGAGAUAGACAACAUGGUGAGCGAGAUCAUGGCCCUCACUGAGGUGAAAAGAAGGCUGGAGAGAGCCUUGCAGGAGACCGAGGGGCCCCUGCAGGUAAUGGAGUGUGUGUGUGUGUGUGUGUGCACGUGUGCAAGUGCGUGCUAAGUUCUACGUAAGAGUGUCCUGUAACUCCAACAGUACACAAUGCAUUCACACAGAAAUGCAAAUUGUACAGUAUAAAGCACAACAAACCCCAUCUCCAGUGCACCUAUUUAAUCAUCCAUGCAUAUCACUUACUCAGCACAGCGUCUUCCUGUCAGACUGUGGUGACACAGUUUUGUCAAAGGGGUCUGAUGGUGGUGGAUAAAGUGACAGUAGAGUUAUUGGUUCUUCACACCACUUCAGAGCAGAGGGGUUCAGCAUUCACAACACUCUAAAUUAGGUCGCACGUAUCCCAUUAAGGUUGCUAGGCAACCAGGCAACCUUCCACAGAACAGCACCGGUGGUCAUUUGUCUUAACCCAGAGUGCUUUGGGGUGUAUAGUAGCGUCAACUUGAUCUGGCUGGAGAUCUGGUGACAUGAAGGUAGUUGAGACCAGGUAGCAACAAAUAGUUCUCAGAGGGGACCUCUAAUAAGUAAUUGGAACCUAUGAACUGAAGGUACACUCACUGUAUAGAGAGAAAUACAAAUCAAAUCAUAAUUUGUGUAUAUACACUACCGGUCAAAAGUUUUAGAAUGCCUACUCAUUCAAGGGUUUUUCUUUAUUUUUACUAUUUUCUACAUUGUAGAAUAAUAGUGAAAACAUCAAAACUAUGAAAUAACACAUAUGGAAUCAUGUAGUAACCAAAAAAGUGUUAAACAAAUCAAAAUAUAUUUUAUAUUUGAGAUUCUUCAAAUAGCAACCCUUUGCUUUGAUGACAGCUUUGCACACUCUUGGCAUUCUCUCAACCAGCUUCACGAGGUAGUCACCUGGAAUGCAUUUCAAUUAACAGGUGUGCCUUCUUAAAAAUUCAUUUGUGGCAUUUCUUUCCUUCUUAAUGCGUUUGAGCCAAUCAGUUGUGUUGUGACAAGGUAGGGGGGGGUAUACAGAAGUUAUCCCUAUUUGGUAAAAGACCAAGUCCAUAUUAUGGCAAGAACAGCUCAAAUAAGCAAAGAGAAACGACAGUCCAUCAUUACUUUAAGACAUGAAGGUCAGUCAAAACUGAAAAUUUCAAGAACUUUGAAAGUUUCUUUAAGUGCAGUUGAUAAAACCAUCAAGCGCUAUGAGGAAACUGGCUCUCUUGAGGACCGCCACAGGAAUGGAAGACCUAGAGUUACCUCUGCUGCAGAGGAUACGUUCAUUAGAAUUACCAGCCUCAGACAUUCCAGCCCAAAUAAAUACUUCACAGAGUUCAAGUAACAGACACAUCUCAACAUCAACUGUUCAGAGGAGACUCUGUGAAUCAGGCCUUCAUGGUCUAAUUACUGCAAAGAAACCACUACUAAAGGACACCAAUAAUAAUAAAAGACUUGCUUGGGCCAAGUAACACGAGCAAUAGACAUUAGGCCGGUGGAAAUUUUCCUUUGGUCUGGAGUCCAAAUUGGAGAUUUUUGGUUCCAACCGCCGUGUCUUUGUGAGACGUGGUGUGGGUGAAUGGAUGAUCGCCGCAUGUGUAUUUCCCAUCGUAAAGCAUGGAGGAGGAGGUGUUAUGUUGUAGGGGUGCUUUGCUGGUGAUACUGUCUGUGAUUUAUUUAGAAUUCAAGGCACACUUAACCAGCAUGGCUACCACAGCAUUCUGCAGCGAUAUGCCAUCCCAUCUGGUUUGGGCUUAGUGGGACUAUCAUUUGUUUUUCAACAGGACAAUGACCCAACACACCUCCAGGCUGUGUAAGGGCUAUUUUACCAAAAAGGAGAGUGAUGGAGUGCUGCAUCAGAUGACCUGGCCUCCACAAUCCCCCGACCUCAACCAAAUUGAGAUGGUUUGGGAUGACUCGGACCGCAGAGUGAAGGAAAAGUAGCCAACAAGCGCUCAGCAUAUGUGGGAAUUCCUUCAAGACUGUUGGAAAAGCAUUCCAGGUGAAGCUGAUUGAGAGAAUGCCAAGAGUGUGCAAAGCUGUCAUCAAGGCAAAGGGUGGCUAUUUGAAGAAUAUAAAAUAUAAAAUAUAUUUUGAUUUGUUUAACACUUUUUUGGUUACUACAUGAUUCCAUAUGUGUUAUUUCAUAGUUUUUAUGUAUUCACUAUUAUUCUACAAUGUAGAAAAUAGUAAAAAUAAAGAAAAACCCUUGAAAGAGUAGGUGUUCUAAAACUUUUGACUGCUAGUGUAUAUAUUUUGUAUACCUAAAGGGGUCCUAAAAUUCAAAAUUAAAUAGCUAAAUGAUCCUUGGUAUGACCCCGGCUUAGACUCUUAAGGAUUAAGAACCAACGAUGUGCUACCUUUUUGUAGCAUUUCCGACAAUGUUAACAUCUUGUCAGCCAAAUCUCAUAGUUCUUAAAUCAAACCAAAGCACUUGGGUUGUGCAGCGCUAGUAGCUAGCUAACACCAGUCUGAUGAGAGGCAAGCUACAAGCAAAGGAAGCUAGCUAUAUUUUGCUAUGGAAGGUUUUUCACAUGGCUGAAGUCAUCUGUGCAAGCUGUUGGCCUUGACACUUGCGUGUAAUCAGAGCACAAACAAAUAAGCACAAAUAAGAUAGCGAAUGUUCUUGGCUGUUAUUGCCAGUUAGCUAGCCAACUAAUGUUAGCCAGUAAACAUUAGCUAGCUAGCUACAAGCCAACAAGGCUGUAAUGUUAGCUGUAUGGACAGAUCGUGCAUCGGCAAAACUCAAUGUUGACAAUAUCUCCCACAUUCUUCCACAAAGCACUGCUAGCUUGCUAGCGAAGUAAAGUUCAUAGUCAACACCAAACAUUGGGAAACUACCACACUGCUAAUGUAUAAUACAUGCAAUGGGCAUUGCUCAUCUAACGUUAACGUUGGCUAACGUUACUCCAUACACUAAUAAAUCAUGCUUGCUUAGCAAUGUAGCUAGCUAGCUAACGUUACCUUAUGCAUUGAUUCAGUAUGAGCCCUCUGUCAAUGCAAAAAAAAAUUUGUCAUUAUAAUCUAAAUUUGUGCUGACUGAUUAACACGGUGUCAAGUUACUUUUCAAUGUAUUCCCAAAAACCUGAAGUCGCCAUCCAAGUAAAAAGUAGCCAGGGGUGCAACAACCUCAUUGCUUGCUUGUCUGACCUUUGCACAGUGAAAAGACAACACCAUGCUUGCUAACUUAGUGAGCUAUGUGACAUCAACUAUUUUAGAUUUUAAACCAAGCAAUAUAAAUAAACAUUCAAUCAGUACUGUGUGAAUGAACAACAAAAACAAUUUGCAACUAAAGCUUCCUGUCAUCACCAGUCUGUCCAUUUAAAUAGUGAUAAAGUGUUUAUGACAGGGUUUGUAGAGUAACAGUUAAUGUCACCGCCAUGGGAUCUAAAGGUUCUGGGUUCGCCUCUCGGAGGACACAUUUCGACCAUUCUCAUUCGUGUAUAGUUUUGAAACCCCCUCCAAGUCCCGACACACACACACACCGGCGAGCAUGCACGGUUUGUGCUUAUUUUCAAUUAUUUGGUGGCUCUUCAAAAAGCAUUGUUGAGUGACAAUGGACAGGGAGUGUGGUGUGUGUACUACUGCGUGCGUCUUGCUACUACGGAGGAGAGAACGUUGGAGACUGGAAAGACCAAGUCUCAACUCUCAAGUAAUACAUCGUUGACCUCAUCCGUCAGAUGCACUCCACCCCUAAGGUACGUCCCAGGGACACACUGCUUAAUGGCAGGGUGGCGGAUUGUGUUCCCUGAAAUGCGUACACUAGCUGAUCGACACAGUGCCGUGCCCUCUCUAUGCACUUGUUUAUCUUCUGGUCACACUCCCACUGGAACAUCCAGCUCCUCCGCUGCACAAUAUCAGAGAAGACCACCGUUGUCCCGGGAAACAUUCGGAUGGCCACCUCUAAAUCCGAGCAUCUGCCGCACCAGUGCCUUCGCCUUGGUGUCACCUAAUGUGACAGUCAAUAAUGUAUGUAAAUAGUUAAUGGGUAGGCUACAUGCUGAUUAUUUGUGUAUUUUCCAGGAGCUUGCUUGAUUGCCAUUUUAAACAUAAUUGUCUUAAUUUUAAUUUAAUUAAUUUUAGUCAUUUAGCAGACGCUCUUAUCCAGAGCGACUUACAGUUAGUGAGUGCAUACAUUAAAAAAAAGAAAUCAUACUGGUCCCCCGUGGGAAACGAACCCACAACCCUGGCGUUGCAAACGCCAUGCUCUACCAACUUAGCUACACGGGACUAAUUGGGUUUAUUGGCUUAAUUGGGUUUCUGUUUUUUUGCUGUAAUUUUACAUAAAUACUAAUAACAACAUUAUUUCUGUUUACAUUUGUCAUUAUUGUGUAUUUUUACUUUACUUGUAUUGCUGUGUUAUGCUAUAUUCUAAUGUUGAAUAAUAAUGUUGCAUAAUCACCUUCCGGUGUAAAAAACAUGGAAAUUAAAAACAAAAAAACAACGUUUUAAGUGAGAAGUAGGCAUUGGUCUGAAGCCGAAAAAUAAAGGAAAUUCCCAUGAGCACCAGAAUGCCUACUCCACCCAUGCACUACCAAAGUUUUCUAUCACACAGAUUUGACCUACUACAGUAGCUAUUUAUUUAACUAGGCAAGUCAGUUAAGACCAAAUUCUUACUUACAAUGAUGGCCUACACCGGCCAAACCUGGGCUAAUUGUGCGCCGCCCUAUGGGACUCCCAAUCACGGCCGGUUGUGAUAAAGCCUGGAAUCGAACUAGGGGGUCUGUAGUGACGCCUCAAGCACUGAGAUGCAGUGCCUUAGACCACUGCGCCACUCGGUGUAUUGUACUUCAAACAAUGUGUAGGCAGGUUGCGUAGGAUUCAAACCUUCUCAAACAGCCUAAUUCAUACUCUUCAGAGGGAUACUGGACUUUACAGUGUCCUGCUAUUAAAAUAAUGUAUAUAUAUAUAUAUACAGUAUACAGUGCAUUCGGAAAGUAUUCAGACACCUUUACUUUUUCCACAUUUUGUUACGUUACAGCCUUAUUCUAAAAUGGAUUAAAUUAUUAGUUUUUUUUUUCUCAUCAAUCUACACACAAUACCCCAUAAUGACAUAGCAUAAACUGGUUUUUAGAAAUGUUUGUUAAUGUAUUAAAAAUAAAAAAACUGAAAUAUUACAUUUACAUAAGUGUUCAGACCCUUUCCUCAGUACUCUGUUGAAGCACCUUUGGCAGCAAUUACAGCCUCGAGUCUUCUUGGGUAUGACACUACAAGCUUGGCACACCGGUAUUUGGGGAGUUUCUCCCAUUCUUCUCUGCAGAUCCUCUCAAACUCUGUCAGGUUGGAUGGGGAGCGUCGCUGCACAGCUAUUUUCAGGUCUCUACGAUAGGGUUCAAGUCUGGGCUUUGGCUGGGACCACUCAAGGACAUUCAGAGACUUGUCCCGAAGCCAUUCCUGCGUUGUCUUGGGUGUAUGCUUAGAGUCUUCACCCCAGUCUGAGGUCCUGAGCGCUCUGGAGCAGGUUUUCAUCAAGGAUCUCUCUGUACUUUGCUCCGUUCAUCUUUCCCUCAAUCCUGACUAGUCUCCCAGUCCCUGCCGCUGAAAAACAUCCUCACAGCAUGAUGCUGCCACCACCAUGCUUCACUGUAGGGAUGGUGCCAGAUUUCCUCCAGACGUGACGCUUUGCAUUCAGGCCAAAGAGUUCAAUCUUGUUUUCAUCAGACCAGACAAUCUUGUUUUUCAUAGUGUGAGAGUCCUUUAGGUGCCUUUUUUUGGCAAACUUCCAGCGGGCUGUCAUGUGCCUUUUACUGAGGAGUGGCUUCCGUCUGGCCACUCUACCAAAAAGGCCUGAUUGGUGGAGUGCUGCAGAGCUGGUUGUCCUUCUGGAAGGUUCUCCCAUCACAACAGAGGAACUCUGGAGCUCUGUCAGAGAGACCAUCGGGUUCUUGGUCACCUCCCUGACUAAGGCCCUUUCACCGAUUGCUCAAUUUGGCCGGGCGGCCAGCUCUAGGAAGUGGUUCCAAACUUCUUCCGUUUAAGAAUGAUGGAGGUCACUGUGAUCUUGGGGACCUUCAAUGCUGCAGAAAUGUUUUGGUACCCUUCCCCAGAUCUGUGCAUCGACACAAUCCUGUCUCGGUGCUCUACGGACAAUUCCUUCGACCUCAUGGCUUGCUCUGACAUGCACUGUCAACUGUGGGACCUUAUAUAGACAGGUGUGUGCCUUUCCAAAUCAUGUCCACUCAAUUGAAUUUACCACAGGUGGACUCCAAUGAAGUUGUAGAAACAUCUCAAGGAUGAUCAAUGGAAACAGCAUGCACCUGAGCUCAAUUCCGAGUCUCAUAGCAAAGGGUUUGAAUACUUAUACUUAUACUAAAUUCACAAAAAAAUCGAAAAACCUGUUUUCGCUUUGUCAUUAUAGGGUAUUGUCUGUACAUUAAUGAGGAAAAAUAUUUAUUUAAUCCAUUUUAGAAUAAGGCUAUAACGUAACAAAAUGUGGAAAAAGUCAAGGGGCUGAAUACUUUCUGAAUGCACUGUAAAUCAGGAAUGCAGACAGGCUAGCUCAUUAUAUCUAUAUGAGUGAGCGACACUACUGCACUAAUAUAUUUCCUAUAUAGUGCACUACUUUGGGCCAGAGCCCAUAGGGCUCUAAUCAAAAGUAGUGCACGAUGGGCCCUGGUCAAAAGUAGUUCACCAUGUAGGGGAAUAGGGUGCAAUUUGGGACACAGCAUUAACAUUGUGUGACCAUCAACAGGUGUCCCAGGAAUGCCUGUAUCACAGAGAGAAGCGAAUGUCCAUCGAUCUGGUUCACGACAACGUGGAGAAAGAUCUCAUAAGGGUACAAACAAUGACAUGUCCAUACAAUCAUGGCAUGACUUAUGACUAAUGAUCCUAAUGAUCAGAACCUUAUCAACUGAAAUGAUACCUGUUUUGAUCAUUAUGUAACCAGGAAGUGGAAACCAUUAAGUCAUGCCAGGAGAGGAUGAGGAGACAUCUAGACAAAGCCAUCGCUCAACUAGCGUGAGUCUGCGCUCCUAGAGUAUGACACAGAACUACUGUAAAAUAGGUUCACUGUUUGAAAACUACAUAGCAAAUUCUCCAGUGUAAAAAAAAGAGAAAUGAACACUGAGAGUGUUAAAUCAACACUGAAUGUGUUGAGUCUGUGGACCCAUAUAUACAGUGAGGGAAAAAAGUAUUUGAUCCCCUGCUGAUUUUGUAUGUUUGCCCACUGACAAAGACAUGAUCAGUCUAUAAUUUUAAUGGUAGGUUUAUUUGAACAGUAAGAGACAGAAUAACAACAAAAAAAUCCAGAAAAACACAUGUCAGAAAUGUUAUGAAUUGAUUUGCAUUUUAAUGAGGGAAAUAAGUAUUUGACCCCUCUGCAAAACAUGACUUAAUACUUGGGGGCAAAACCCUUGUUGGCAAUCACAGAGGUCAGACGUUUCUUGUAGUUGGCCACCAGGUUUGCACACAUCUCAGGAGGGAUUUUGUCCCUCUCCUGUUUGCAGAUCUUCUCCAAGUCAUUAAGGUUUCGAGGCUGACGUUUGGUAACUCGAACCUUCAGCUCCCUCCACAGAUUUUUCUAUGGGAGUAAGGUCUGGAGACUGGCUAGGCCACUCCAGGACCUUAAUGUACUUCUUCUUGAGCCACUCCUUUGUUGCCUUGGCCGUGUGUUUUGGGUCAUUGUCAUGCUGGAAUACCCAUCCACGACCCAUUUUCAAUGCCCUGGCUGAGGGAAGGCGGUUCUCACCCAAGAUUUGACGGUACAUGGCCCCAUCCAUCGUCCCUUUGAUGCGGGGAAGUUGUCCUGUCCCCUUAGCAGAAAAACACCCCCAAAGCAUAAUAUUUCCACCUCCAUGUUUGACGGUGGGGAUGGUGUUCUUGGGGUCAUAGGCAGCAUUCCUCCUCCUCCAAAACACGGCGAGUUGAGUUGAUGCCAAAGAGCUUGAUUUUGGUCUCACCUGACCACAACACUUUCACCCAGUUCUCCUCUGAAUCAUUCAGAUGUUCAUUGGCAAACUUCAGACGGCCCUGUAUACAGUGAGGGAAAAAAGUAUUUGAUCCCCUGCUGAUAUUGUACGUUUGCCCACUGACAAAUAAAUUAUCAGUCUAUAAUUUUAAUGGUAUGUAUAUUUGAACAGUGAGAGACAGAAUAACAACAACAAAAAUCUGAAAAACGCAUGUCAAAAAUGUUAUAAAUUGAUUUGCAUUUUAAUGAGGGAAAUAAGUAUUUGACCCCCUCUCAAUCAGAAAGAUUUCUGGCUUCCAGGUGUCUUUUAUACAGGUAACGAGCUGAGAUUAGGAGCACACUCUUAAAGGGAGUGCUCCUAAUCUCAGCUUGUUACCUGUAUAAAAGACACCUGUCCACAGAAGCAAUCAAUCAAUCAGAUUCCAAACUCUCCACCAUGGCCAAGACCAAAGAGCUCUCCAAGGAUGUCAGGGACAAGAUUGUAGACCUACACAAGGCUGGAAUGGGCUACAAGACCAUCGUCAAGCAGUUUGGUGAGAAGGUGACAACAGUUGGUGUGAUUAUUCGCAAAUGGAAAAAACACAAAAGACCUGUCAAUCUCCCUCGGCCUGGGGCUCCAUGCAAGAUCUCACCUCGUGGAGUUGCAAUGAUCAUGAGAACGGUGAGGAAUCAGCCCAUAACUACACGGGAGGAUCUUGUCAAUGAUUUCAAGGCAGCUGGGACCAUAGUCACCAAGAAAACAAUUGGUAACACACUACGCCAUGAAGGACUGAAAUCCUGCAGCGCCCGCAAGAUCCCCCUGCUCAAGAAAGCACAUAUGCAUGCCCGUCUGAAGUUUGCCAAUGAACAUCUGAAUGAUUCAGAGGAGAACUGGGUGAAAGUGUUGUGGUCAGAUGAGACCAAAAUCGAGCUCUUUGGCCUCAACUCAACUCGCCGUGUUUGGAGGAGGAGGAAUGCUGCCUAUGACCCCAAGAACACCAUCCCCAACGUCAAACAUGGAGGUGGAAACAUUAUGCUUUGUGGGUGUUUUUCUGCUAAGGGGACAGGACAACUUAACCGCAUCAAAGGGACGAUGGACGGGGCCAUGUACCGUCAAAUCUUGGGUGAGAACCUCCUUCCCUCAGCCAGGGCAUUGAAAAUGGGUCGUGGAUGGGUAUUCCAGCAUGACAAUGACCCAAAACACACGGCCAAGGCAACAAAGGAGUGGCUCAAGAAGAAGCACAUUAAGGUCCUGGAGUGGCCUAGCCAGUCUCCAGACCUUAAUCCCAUAAAGAAUCUGUGGAGGGAGCUGAAGGUUCGAGUUGCCAAAUGUCAGCCUCGAAACCUUAAUGACUUGGAGAAGAUCUGCAAAGAGGAGUGGGACAAAAUCCCUCCUGAGAUGUGUGCAAACCUGGUGGCCAACUACAAGAAACGUCUGACCUCUGUGAUUGCUAACAAGGGUUUUGCCACCAAGUACUAAGUCAUGUUUUGCAGAGGGGUCAAAUACUUAUUUCCCUCAUAAAAAUGCAAAUAAAUUCAUAAUUUUUAUGACAUGCGUUUUUCUGGAUUUUGUUGUUGUUAUUCUGUCUCUCACUGUUCAAAUAAAUCUACCAUUAAAAUUAUAGACUGAUAAUUUCUUUGUCAGUGGGCAAACAUACAAAAUCAGCAGGGGAUCAAAUACUUUUUUCCCUCACUGUAUGUGCUUUCUUGAGCAGGGGGACCUUGCGGGCGCUGCAGGAUUUCAGUCCUUCACGGCGUAAUGUGUUACCAAUUGUUUUCUUGGUGACUAUGGUCCCAGCUGCCUUGAGAUCAUUGACAAGAUACUCCCGUGUAGUUCUGGGCUGAUUCCUCACCGUUCUCAUGAUCAUUGCAACUCCACAAGGUGAGAUCUUGCAUGGAGCCCCAGGCCGAGGGAGAUUGACAGUUAUUUUGUGUUUCUUCCAUUUGCGAAUAAUCGCACCAACUGUUGUCACCUUCUCACCAAGCUGCUUGGCGAUGGUCUUGGAGCCCAUUCCAGCCUUGUGUAGGUCUACAAUCUUGUCCCUGACAUCCUUGGAGAGCUCUUUGGUCUUGGCCAAUGCGGAGAGUUUGGAAUCUGAUUGAUUGAUUGCUUCUGUGGACAGGUGUCUUUUCUACAGGUAACAAGCUGAGAUUAGGAGCACUCCCUUUAAGAGUGUGCUUUCUGAUUGAGAGGGGGUCAAAUACUUAUUUCCCUCAUUAAAAUCAAAUCAAUUUAUAAUAUUUUUGACAUGCGUUUUUCUGGAUUUUUUUGUUGUUAUUCUGUCUCUCACUGUUCAAAUAAACCUACCAUUAAAAUUAUAGACUGAUCAUUUCUUUGUCAGUGUGCAAACGUACAAAAUCAGCAGGGGAUCAAAUACUUUUUUCCCUCACUGUACACCAGAACAGUGUUAAAUUAACACACUGUUUAGUGAAAGCCUUAUUCAAAUAUUUCCCAGAGUUCCUUUCGAGUAAAUUGUAGCGUUACCACUCAUGACUGUAUUUGUUAGUGACAGAGACAUGGUUGUUGCAUUCAUCCAUUUUCAGUCCUAUGGACUUCACCAAGUGAGAUCCUAAGUGAAUGUCAUUAUUUAACACAAUACCAUACGUAUUUCAUAAGCCCUUAUUUUGAGGGCCUAGUUUUACCCUAAUACAGGGGUCUGAAACUCAUAUGCAUCACUUUGAACCAAAACCACGCCCAUCAUUAUCAUAUUUCCCAGCAUGUUCUAUUGCAGGUUGAUUUUCAGAAUUGUUUAUUUCAAUAUCUAUGUUUGUGCAUAAUUGAUUAGUUAAUCUUAUUCUACACAAAGAUAAAUAACAUAUUUUUCUAAACUAACCCAAUCAGUUUGUAAAAAAAUUUGCACCCGUAACUGAAAUGUUUGUUCCAGUUUAAAUUACUUAGGUAGUCUCCUCAUAAUGUUCCUGAAUGUAGGUUGCAGAUUAUUAAAAACUAUUGGAAUCUAAAUUCUGGCUAGGUUCCAAUAGGAAUUACACAAAACUUUGCAAGACAGCGUAAUGUGACUUGCGGGUAGGUUUGCAAUAUGUGGGCAACUUUCCCAGGUUUUUCAGAAAUCCUAGUUGGAAGUUUCCUGCAAAUGGAAGCAGGAAAUCUGAAAUCCAUCAACUAGGAUUUUUGUAAAAUCACUGGAAUUUUGCAACCCUACUUCCAGGCUUGAUGUGGCUUGAACUGUGGUACAAUUAUUCACUUACAACUAAAGGUACAGUGACAAGUGUUUGCACCCCUUUAGGAACAAAUCUAAACUUUUGUGUGUGUGUGUAAUACAAUGGCCUGAAACUCAUGGUUUACAGGCCACAUCAGACCUGCAAAUCACAUCAUGCUGGCUUGCAAGGUGAUGUGUAAUUCCUAUUGGAAUUCAGCCAGUGAGGGGAUAUCCAACUUUUGGAUUUUUUUUAUCACCCGCAACCUGUAUUCAGAAUGACUGCCAGGGUUGGGAAGACUAAGAUAUGAGACUACCUAAGGCAUGUAAAUAGAAACAACAAUUUCAGUAAUGGGUGCAAUAAGUACAAGUUAACAUAUUAGAUUAGUUUAGAAAAUGUUUGUAAUUUAUAUUUGAGUAGCAUAAGACUAAUUAAUGAAUCAAUCAAUGUACAGUUGAAGUCGAAAGUUUACAUACACUUAGGUUGGAGUCAUUAAAACUCGUUUUUCAACCACUCCACACAUUUCUUGUUAACAAACUAUAGUUUUGGCAAGUCGGUUAGGACAUCUACUUUGUGCAUGACACAAGUAAUUUUUCCAAUAAUUGUUUAAAGACGUUAUUUCACUUAUAAUUCACUGUAUCACAAUUCCAGUGGGUCAGAAGUUUACAUACACUAAGUUGACUGUGCCUUUAAACAGCUUGGAAAAUUCCAGAAAAUGAUGUCAUGGCUUUAGAAGCUUCUGAUAGGCUAAUUGACAUAAUUUGAGUCAAUCGGAGGUGUACCUGUGGGUGUAUUUCAAGGCCUACCUUCAAACUCAGUGCCUCGUUGCUUGACAUCAUGGGAAAAUCAAAAGAAAUCAGCCAAGAACUCCGAAAAAAAAAAUGGUAGACCUCCACAAGUCUGGUUCAGCCUUGGGAGCAAUUUCCAAAUGCCUGAAGGUACCACGUUCAUCUGUACAAACAAUAGUACGCAACUAUAAACACCAUGGGACCACGCAGCCGUCAUACCGCUCAGGAAUGAGACGCGUUCUGUCUCCUAGAGAUGAACGUACUUUGGUGCGAAAAGUGCAAAUCAAUCCCAGAACAACAGCAAAGGACCUGUGAAGAUGCUGGAGGAAACAGGUAAAAAAGUAAAACGAGUCCUAUAUCAACAUAACCUGAAAGGCCGCUCAGCAAGGAAGAAGCCACUGCUCCAAAACCGCCAUAAAAAAGCCAGAUUACACUUUGCAACUGCACACGGGGACAAAGAUCGUACUUUUUGGAGAAAUGUCCUCUGGUCUGAUGAAACAAAAAUAGAACUGUUUGGCCAUAAUGACCAUCGUUAUGUUUGGAGGAAAAAGGGGGUAGCUUGCAAGCCGAAGAACACCAUCCCAACCGUGAUGCACGGAGGUGGCAGCAUCAUGCUGUGGGGGUGCUUUGUUGCAGGAGGGACUGGUUCACUUCACAAAAUAGAUGGCAUCAUGAGGAAGGAAAAGUAUCUGGAUAUAUUGAAGCAACAGCUCAAGACAUCAAUCAGGAAGUUUGGUCACAAAUGGGUCUUCCAAAUGGACAAUGACCCCAAGCAUACUUCCAAAGUUGUGGCAAAAUGGCUUAAGGACAACAAAGUCAAGGUAUUGGAGUGGCCAUCACAAAGCCCUGACCUCAAUCCUAUAGAAAAUGUGUGGGCAGAACUGAAAAAGUGUGUACGAGCAAGGAGGCCUACAAACCUGACUCAGUUACACCAGCUCUGUCAGGAGGAAAAGGCCAAAAUUCACCCAACUUAUUGUGGGAAGCUUGUGGAAGGCUACCCGACACGUUUGACCCAAGUUAAACAAUUUAAAGAUAAUGCUACCAAAUACUAAUUGAGUGUAUGUAAUUGUCUGACCCACUGAGAAAGAAAUAAAAGCUGAAAUAAAUAAUUAUCUCCACUGACAUUUCACAUUCUUAAAAUAAAGUGGUGAUCCUAACUGACCUAAGACAGGGCAUUUUUACUAGGAUUAAAUGUCAGGAAUUGUGGAAAAACUGAGUUUAAAUGUAUUUGGCUAAGGUGUAUGUAAACUUCCGACUUCAACUGUAUAUGCACAAACAUACAGUACAUUCGAAAAGCGUUCAGACCCCUUGACUUUUCCACAUUUUGUUACUUUACAGCCUUAUUCUAAAAUGGAUUAAAUUACCCCCCCCCCCUCAAUACACCAUAAUGACAAAGCAAAAACAGGUUUUUAGAAAUGUUUGCAAAUUUAUACAAAAUUAAAAACAGAAAUACCUUAUUUACAUAAGUAUUCAGAACCUUUGCUAUGAGACUCGAAAUUGUGCUCAGGUGCAUCCUGUAUCCAUUGAUAAACCAUGUGAUGUUUCUACAACUUGAUUGGAGUCCACCUGUGGUAAAUUCAAUUGAUUCGACAUGAUUGGACACACCUGUCUAUGUAAGGUCCCACAGUUGACAGUGCAUGUCAGAGCAAAAACCAAGCCAUGAGGUUGAAGGAAUUGUCCGUAGAGCUCUGAGACAGGAUUGUGUCGAGGCACAGAUCUGCGGAAGGGUACCAUAAAAUGUCUGCAUUGAAGGUCCCCAAGAACACAAAUGGAAGAAGUUUGGAACCACCAAACUCUUCCUAGAGCUGGCCGCUCGGCCAAACUGAGCAAUCGGGGGAGAAGGGUCUUGGUCGGGGAGGUGACGAAGAACCCAAUUGUCACUCUGACAGAGCUCCAGAGUUCCAGAGAGCCAAGCUUUUAGCGUCAUACCCAAGAAGACUCAAGGCUGUAGUCGCUGCCAAAGGUGCAACAUCAAAGUACUGACUAAAGGGUCUGAAUACUUAUGUAAAUGUGAUAUUUCAGGGGGGGAUUUGGAAUAAAUUUGCUUUGUCAUUAUGGGGUAUUGUGUGUAGAUUGAUGAAGGGGAAAAAAUCAUUUAAUCCAUUUUAGAAUAAGGCUGUAACGUAACAAAAUGUGGAAAAAGUCAAGGGGUCUGAAUACUUUCCGGAUGCGCUGUAGAUAUUGAAACAAACAAUUCUAAAAAGCAACAUGCAAUAGAGCAUGUUUGUAAAUAUGAUAAUGAUGGGCAUGUGUUUGGUUCAAAGUGAUGUGUAUGAGUUUCAGGCCCCUGUAUUAGGGUAAAACUAGCCCCUUAAAAUAAGGCCUUAUAAAAUAUGUAUGCUAGGCUGCGUUUUGUACAGGCAGCUCAAUUCUUAUAUUUUUUCCACUAAUUGUUUUUUUUACCAAUCACAUCAGAUCUUUUCACAUCAGCUAUUUUUCAGAGCUGAUCUGAUUGGUCAAAAGACCAAUUAGUGAAAAAGAUAUCAGAAUUGGGCUGCCUGUCUAAAACAGGCUGUAUUGUGUUAAAUCAUAUUUAUUUUAUGAUAACAUAUUCGCUUAGGAUCUCACUUGGUGAAGGACAUUGGACUGAAAAUGUAUGAAUGCAACAACCAUGUCUCUGUCACUAACAAACUAUAGUCAUGGGUCGUAACUGUACAAUUUACUUGAAAGGCAAGGCACUCUGGGAUAUAUUUGAAUAAGGCUUUACACUAAGCAGUGUGUUAAUUUAACACUGUUCCAGUGUCUAUAUGGGUCCACAGACUCAACACUUUCAGUGUUGAUUUAACACUCUCAGUGUUAGUUUUGUUUGUUUUUUAACAAUGGAGAAUUUGCUGUGUAGGGGACAGUUUAACCAAUAGUCCUACUCAGGAAAAAGUCAGGUAAAAAAAGUUCUCUCUCCAGGUAUAGAAAUAUAUUUUAAAUGAUGAGACUUAUAAAACAUUACAACGGCUCAUACAUGCUCAUAACAUAAUAAAGCAUUACACCUGUCAGUGCUACGUCAAGUGUUACAGUGUUACUAUUACUCUGUGUGUGUUACUUCCAUCAGGUCAAACCGAGCAGCUCAGCACGAGCUGGAGAGAGACCUCAGUGAUAAGGUGACAGCCCAGAGGAUAGAUAAUAGGUGUCACCAUCUCAGGAACGCGUCAGACGGGAUCAGCUACUACAGAGGGAUCGAGAGACUGGACCCAUCGUGAGUCAUACCUACCCACUAGUUUAGAUGUGGAUGUUUACAGCUUUGUGAUUGAAAUGGGAGAUACUGUAUGUGCUGUGAAGGUGACUGCCCCCUCACCCAUGUAGUUUGUAAAUGUUUGGAAUGAUCUUCAAGAAAAACACAAUUCGAAGUACACUGCUUAGCGAUUUCGACGCAUGCCUCGGAGCUCCGGUAUCAAACAUAACAUCACUACCGGAGGCCCAGCUAACUAGCAAGUACGCAGUGUCCUUUGCCUAUGCCUGCCGAGCACCUGUACUUGCCGUAACAUUAACAGACCUACCGGAAAGCAGUGCUCGGCAGACGGGGGCGAAGGACACUGUCUACUGGUGUCCUAGAUUUCUAGCUGCCAGUGUCUGCCUCCACCUCCCGCCUGUGUAACGUUACCGGAGUCCUAGCUUAAAAAUGGGCCGUUAGAAGUAUAGAAGGGGGGUUCCUACAGAUGCAGGAAUACCCACAGGCAGGAACGCCCCGAGUUGUGGGCGGCAAUCACACCCUUCUCUGCACAUGCGCAGACACUGUGUGUGACUGUGUGAGAGCGAAGUCUUGCAUCUCGCUAAUCUCAAUAUCUGCGGUGCUGCUUGUGGCAACCUCAUUUCGCUGAGUCUACCUUUAAAUGACUGUAUUUUCUCAAAUUUGAUGAUAUUAUAUUGAAGCCCAUUCAAACCAGUACGGGACUGGAUAUGGAAGUAAAGCAGAAGGGGUCAUCACUUUCAGAUUGUAUUGACACAGGUGUUUCACAUUUUCCCUGAAUAUAAAUCAUCAAUCCCAAAUUCAAAUCUAGCUACAACUACCCCUGUGUAUCUCCUGCGUGCCUUCCAAAGUUGUCCCAGUCCGUUGACCAUUGUGUCCAUUGUCAUUUCUCACCCACUUGACCAGGCUCUCCCUGCCCAACUCGUGGUCUAAGUUCACGGAUGACAACAUCCUUCACUCCCAGAGCGAGCGGGCGGCGUCCCACAAGCUGCGUGAUGAGAUCGAGAUCCUGCUGAACGCCACGUCCAACGAGAUGUGGAAACAUUUCAACACGGUCAACGUGGCCUUCACCAACCGCAUGUCAGAGACCGCCGACGCCAAGAACAGCCUGCAGACACACCUGGCUAAGGUGACUGACCGUCACCUGACCAAUGACCAUCAAGCUGAUCUUUCAUGUUUUAGUUCCUUUGUUGUUUAGUUCCAUUCAACUCAGUGAGAUGCAGUUUGGUUGUAUCUUGUUAUACGUCAUUGUACUUCAACAUCAGGUCCAGGGGGCAGUAAGGAAGGCAUCGUAAACUGCCUGCGUACCAUAGUUGAUUAUUGCUGAAAUUUUACUUCCGUCUUUGAUUAAUUUCCCUGCUGGAAAAAAAAAACGGUAUCGAGACCACAUAUUGAGUGUCUCAGUCUUGUCUCAGUGUCAGAUAUAUUUGUACUUGGUCUUGACUCGGUCUCUGACAGUGAGACCAGCGGAGUAAAAAACUCAUACUUAUCAGCUUCCAUUCAGUCAGCGCAUUAAACCGUUUCGCCAGGCCAAAUAUAUACACUCCUUUCUUGAAACAUUAAUAUCUUAACAGCCUUUAUAUCCAUUUUAUACAUGUUUGAUAGGUGGAGAACCUAUAGGCUUUCAGUGUGUGACAGGUUUGUGAUUCUGAAAGGACAGCAACUGUAAUACCGGUGCACUCGUGUAGGAGUGCACUUUUGUAAAACACAAAGGGCCAGUGGUGUAGAGGAGGGUAUACAUGUAGCUCAGUUGGUAGAGCAUGGCUUUUGCAACGCCAGGGUUGUGGGUUCGAUUCCCACGAGGGGCCAGUAUGGGAAAAAAUAAAAUAAAAAAAUAAUGUAUGCACUCAUAAGGAUAAGAGCGUCUGCUAAAUGACUAAAAUGUAAAUGUAUACACAGGUAUAAACUGUAUACCCACUUUUUUUCAGUGGGCCUUGCUUAUACUCACUUCUUAAUCCCUACUGAUGCGUAUCAAAGUAGUGUAGUGGAGGUAUACGACUUAUCAAUUAUGUACAAUAGAGAAAUCAUGCACGAAGUAGUCUUUUUUUUAUUUAUUUUUUUAUAUUAUUAUUAUUAUAUUAUUUAUUAUUAUAGUCUAUACAAUCGCAAAGCAUGUGAAAUAUGUUCACAUGCGCGCCGCACACAGCCUAGUUUCAGCGGAAUAUCAUCUGCAGGCAGCAAGAGUGUGCAGCUCUCAACUGGUUUUGGAAUGGAGCAGCUCGCAGAAUAAUGACAUCGGUAGCCAGUAGGGUAGGAAAGACAUUUCAACCUAUGAUAUCUACCAGUAAAUGCUAAGGCAACAAUGGGUGUGCAAACCAGGUAUUGAAAAAGUUCAGCCCAAAGUUUUGGUUAGUAGGCUAUUCAUCAUGUGCUGUUUGCAUCAGGGGGCGUAAACAUUGAUGGGCCUGGGUGGACAUUAGCUAGAUAGCUAGCUAGCUAGCUGCUAGGAGGAUGUCAUGUUAUGCCAUUGGAGGAGUGGGUGAUUUACUGACUUUUUCCCCUCAUAUCGUUUUUCGGUGGCUAUACACAGGUGUCAUUUGGUUAGCUAGCGAGAACUUGAAAGACUGUCAUACAGUUAGCAGAUCUCUUGCGUUCACAAAUUCACUUUGGCUAUCUACUCCGAUUACAGAGCACUCUUGUUUGAGUGUGCCAGAGCGCAGAACAACUUAGGAAUUUAGGAACGCGCAACACCUGCUGAAUAUGACCGGUGUCAGUAAAUGUAGGCAAAAAAAGUAAUAGUUAGUCAAGAAUGCUCUAGAUAGCAUGUAAACAGCCUAACCAGCUCUGCUACGGCGAGUAAAAUGAUCAGUGUGAGGUGUUCUCUCAUUUGUGUCUGGAAGUAGCUAGCUAGCAAGCUAGACAACUUUAGCCAGUUAGCUUGGGUGCUUGGUUGGGACAAGUAUGCAUUUGCAGGCAAGCUACAGAAGGAUGAGGAGGCUACAAUUCCCCAUCAUUUAUCAGUGCAAUUUUGAUGGGCAACUAGCUGAAAAAGUUUGAGAGGGUUUAUCUAAUGUUCCUUCGUUAGAUUUUGGCUCAUCUUGCUCUGGCUAGCAUUAGUUGCUGAUCUUGUUGUUAUUGAUGUGCAUAACUGAGGGAGGGAGAGCCUACCUUUUCAAGGUUGUUUAAUCAAUAGGACUGUAAAAUUCCCAAAUGUAAGAGGACUCCCGUGGUGUUUACAUAUUUGCAGAAAUCCAUUCAGGUGUAUUUUGUGGCUUUUGACAAAUGCGUUCUAUUGAUCUAAAGUAGCGCCUGUAAACACACAGUCCAGUUCAAAGUGAAUGAUGGCAGGCCCUUGUGGCAAAUGGCUUGUUAGUAUAAACGUCUACUCUAGGCCUGAUCUUUAGCUUGUUUUUGGUCACAGGUCCAGGAAUGGCUGAAGGAUUGCAAUAUUUACCUGGAGCUAACCCUGCAGAUAGCACGAAUGGGUGAUCUGAAAAGUCAUAGUCAAUCGAUCAAUAAUAUAAUAAUACUUUUAGCAAAAACAUUUUUUUAAAAUUUACAAUCUGUAGAAACAAUGAGAAUAGAAGGGUUCAGAACUUUUGUGAAACAUCACAGUACAGUUGAAAAAUAUAUGGCAAAUAGAAAUCCAAUAUGGGUGGUGUUAAGAGAUAGAUGGGAGGUGUUGAAUGGAGCUGAAGGAUGGGACUAAUAACAACUAACAACAACUAAUAACAACAAGAUAACUAAUGUAAAGCAUACUGUGUCCAUAAUAAGUAUAUCGUUUAUAGGUUGAGAGCUUUUGUGAAAGAGCACAGUUAGAAAGAUAUGGCAUGAAGAGGCAGACCGGAUGGACAUCAUGAAGAUGAUCGGAGAGGUUGUGGGCAGAGGAAGUUCAGGAGUAAAAUUGACUGUGUCCAUAAAAUGUAAAUAGUAUGUAUAAGCUGGAAGUAGAGGCCUAAGCGUUGUUGUUCACUAGAUUACUCCAAAUAGGGAAGGAGUGGUGGGGUUGGAAAGUAAUAAAGGGAAAUAUAUUUUUUUAAAGGAUAUGUAUGUAUAUAUAUAUAUAUAUAUAUAUAUAUAUAUACAUAUAUAUGUAUAUGUAUUUCUAUGUAUGUAUGUCUAUGUAUGUAUAUACAGUGGGGAGAACAAAUAUUUGAUACACUGCCGAUUCUGCAGGUUUUCCUACUUACAAAGCAUGUAGAGGUCUGUAAUUUUUAUUAUAGGUCCAGAAAAUCACAUUGUAUGAUUUUUAAGUAAUUCAUUUGCAUUUUAUUGCAUGACAUAAGUAUUUGAUACAUCAGAAAAGCAGAACUUAAUAUUUGGUUCAGAAACCUUUGUUUGCAAUUACAGAGAUCAUACGUUUCCUGUAGGUCUUGACCAGGUUUUCACACACUGCAGCAGGGAUUUUGGCCCACUCCUCCAUACAGACCUUCUCCAGAUCCUUCAGGUUUCGGGGCUGUCGCUGGGCAAUACGGACUUUCAGCUCCCUCCAAAGAUUUUCUAUUGGGUUCAGGUCUGGAGACUGGCUAGGCCACUCCAGGACCUUGAGAUGCUUCUUACGGAGCCACUCCUUAGUUGCCCUGGCUGUGUGUUUCGGGUCGUUGUCAUGCUGGAAGACCCAGCCACAACCCAUCUUCAAAGCUCUUACUGAGGGAAGGAGGUUGUUGGCCAAGUUCUCGCGAUACAUGGCCCCAUCCAUCCUCCCCUCAAUACGGUGCAGUCGUCCUGUUCCCUUUGCAGAAAAGCAUCCCCAAAUGAUGACGUUUCCACCUCCAUGCUUCACGGUUGGGAUGGUGUUAUAAUAUAUAUAAUAAUAAUAUAUAAUAUAAAUAUAAUAAUAUAAUAAUAUAAUAAUAUAUAAUAAUAAUAUAAUAUGCCAUUUAGCAGACGCUUUUAUCCAAAGCGACUUACAGUCAUGCGUGCAUACAUUUUUUUUUUGUGUUCUUGGGGUUGUACUCAUCCUUCUUCUUCCUCCAAACACGGCGAGUGGAGUUUAGACCAAAAAGCUAAAUUUUUGUCUCAUCAGACAACAUGACCUUCUCCCAUUCCUCCUCUGGAUCAUCCAGAUGGUCAUUGGCAAACUUCAGAUUGGCCUGGACAUGCGCUGGCUUGAGCAGGGGGACAUUGCGUGCGCUGCAGGAUUUUAAUCCAUGACGGCGUAGUGUGUUACUAAUGGUUUUCUUUGAGACUGUGGUCCCAGCUCUCUUCAGGUCAUUGACCAGGUCCUGCCGUGUAGUUCUGGGCUGAUCCCUCACCUUCCUCAUGAUCAUUGAUGCCCCACGAGGUGAGAUCUUGCAUGGAGCCCCAGACCGAGGGUGAUUGACCGUCAUCUUGAACUUCUUCAAUUUUCUAAUAAUUACGCCAACAGUUGUUGCCUUCUCACCAAGCUGCUUGCCUAUUGUCCUGUAGCCCAUCCCAGCCUUGUGCAGGUCUACAAUUUUAUCCCUGAUGUCGUUACACAGCUCUCUGGUCUUGGCCAUUGUGGAGAGGUUGGAGUCUGUUUGAUUGAGUGUGUGGACAGGUGUCUUUUAUACAGGUAACGAGUUCAAACAGGUGCAGUUAAUACAGGUAAUGAGUGGAGAACAGGAGGGCUUCUUAAAGAAAAACUAACAGGUCUGUGAGAGCCGGAAUUCUUACUGGUUGGUAGGUGAUCAAAUACUUAUGUCAUGCAGUAAAAUGCAAAUUAAUUACUUAAAAAUCAUACAAUGUGAUUUUCUGGAUUUUUUAGAUUCCGUCUCUCGCAGUUGAAGUAUACCUAUGAUAAAAAUUACAGACCUCUACAUGCUUUGUAAGUAGGAAAACCUGCAAAAUCGGCAGUGUAUCAAAUACUUGUUCUCCCCACUGUAUAUAUAGGUUUUUUUUGCGAGAAAAAAAAUACAUAUGGGGGAUUGGAAGUGAUGCAGACAAUUACAUAGAUGGAAGUUACAAUCUAUCUGCAAUAUUAAAGCUGAUCUACCCAAAAAAAAAUUAAAAAACUGUCGUAAAACUGUGCGUGUGUGACCAAGCAUUAUAACUCCACCUGAAUAACGGCCAUCAUCACCUUUUAUGGUGACAAUAACACCCUUAUUUGCUGUAUACUUUGGAAGUAUUGGUAUCAGGCCAAGACAGUAUAUCUAAGGGAAAUAUAAAUGGUGAACUUGAUCAAAUGUUUGCAGAAUGUUUUUUUUUUGCAGGGGCAUUUGCUGUAUCUGACCAUUUCUGAAACACAAAAACAAUUACAAAUUAUUGCGGACCUGUAAACAGAUACUUUGAAUUCAAUAAUGUUUUGCAUUUACUUUCUCCCAAACCUAAAUAUGCUGCACUGCCCGUGAAUUGAUGUCACUUGUUAAAUCCACUUCAAUCAGUGUGGAUGAAGGAGAGGAGACAGGUUAAAGAAGGAUUUUUAAGCCUUGAGACAAUUGAGACAUGGAUUGUGUAUGUGUGCCAUUCAGAGGGUGAAUGGGCAAGACAGAAAAUGUAAGUACUGUACCUUUGAACGAAGUAUGGUAGUAGAUGCCAGGCGCACCGGUUUGAGUCAAGAAUUGCAACGAUGCAUCCAGCAAAUUGACACAACUGUGGGAAGCAUUGGAGUCAACAUGGUCCAGUAUCCCUGUGGAACGCUUCGACACCUUGUAGAGUCCAUACCCAGACGAAUUGAGGUUGUUCUGAGGGCAAAAGUGUGGGGGGGAGGUGCAACUCAAUAUUAGGAAGGUGUUCUUAAUGUUUGGUAUAAUCAAUGUAUGUAUUACAGUGAGGGAAAAAAGUAUUUGAUCCCCUGCUGAUUUUAUACGUUUGCCCACUGACAAAGAAAUGAUCAGUCUAUAAUUUUAAUGGUAGGAUAAUUUGAACAGUGAGAGACAGAAUAACAACAACAAAAUCCAGAAAAACGCAUGUCAAAAAUGUUAUAAAUUGAUUUGCAUUUUAAUGAGGGAAAUAAGUAUUUGACCCCCUCUCAAUCAGAAAGAUUUCUGGCUCCCAGGUGUCUUUUAUACAGGUAACGAGCUGAGAUUAGGAGCACACUCUUAAAGGGAGUGCCCCUAAUCUCAGUUUGUUACCUGUAUAAAAGACACCUGUCCACAGAAGAAAUCAAUCAAUCAGAUUCAUUUUACUUGUUUUACUCUCCACCAUGGUCAAGACCAAAGAGCUCUCCAAGGAUGUCAGGGACAAGAUUGUAGACCUACACAAGGCUGGAAUGGGCUACAAGACCAUCGCCAAGCAGCUUGGUGAGAAGGUGACAACAGUUGGUGUGAUUAUUCGCAAAUGGAAGAAACACAAAAUAACUGUCAAUCUCCCUCGGCCUGGGGCUCCAUGCAAGAUCUCACCUGGUGGAGUUGCAAUGAUCAUGAGAACAGUGAGGAAUCAGCCCAGAACUACACGGGAGGAUCUUGUCAAUGAUCUCAAGGCAGCUGGGACCAUAGUCACCAAGAAAACAAUUGGUAACACACUACGCCGUGAAGGACUGAAAUCCUGCAGUGCCCGCAAGGUCACCCUGCUCAAGAAAGCACAUAUACAGGGCCGUCUGAAGUUUGCCAAUGAACAUCUGAAUGAUUCAGAAGAGAACUGGGUGAACGUGUCUUGGUCAGAUGAGACCAAAAUCGAGCUCUUGGGCAUCAACUCAACUCGCCGUGUUUAGGAAGAGGAGGAAUGCUACCUAUGACCCCAAGAACACCAUCCCCACCGUCAAACAUGGAGGUGGAAACAUUAUGCUUUGGAGGUGUUUUUCUGCUAAGGGGACAGGACAACUUCACCGCAUCAAAGGGACGAUGGACGGGGCCAUGUAACGUCAAAUCUUGGGUGAGAACCUUUCCCUCAGCCAGGGCAUUGAAAAUGGGUCGUGGAUGGGUAUUCCAGCAUGGCAAUGACCCAAAACACACAGCCAAGGCUACAAAGGAGUGGCUCAAGAAGAAGCACAUUAAGGUCCUGGAGUGGCCUAGCCAGUCUCCAGACCUUAAUCCCAUAGAAAAUCUGUGGAGGGAGCUGAAGGUUCGAGUUGCCAAACGUCAGCCUCGAAAACUUAAUGACUUGGAGAAGAUCUGCAAAGAGUAGUGGAACAAAAUCCCUCCUGAGAUGUGUGCAAACCUGGUGGCCAACUACAAGAAACGUCUGAUCUCUGUGAUUGCCAACAAGGGCUUUGCCACCAAGUACUAAGUCAUGUUUUGCAGAGGGGUCAAAUAAUUAUUUCCCUCAUUAAAAUGUAAAUCAAUUUAUAACAUUUUUGACAUGUGUUUUUCUGGAUUUUGUUGUUGUUAUUCUGUCUCUCACUGUUGAAAAUAAACCUACCAUUAAAAUUAUAGACUGAUCAUGUCUUUGUCAGUGGGCAAACGUACAAAAUCAGCAGGGGAUAAAAUACUUUUUUUUCUCACUGUAUGUAUAACGUCCGAAGCUUCGUUUGAUCACGUGCUUUUUCAAACCAUGUGUUGCAAAAUGCGAGAUCCCACUGAUUUCGUCGUGGUUCCGGUGCUUUCAUAGAUUCCAAGCUGCUUUCAAACACCGACCUCUACUGGACACCGCGCUUACAAAUAUAGUUAUGAUUUUGUACAAAAAGUUUCACCUGACUGGUAGUUAGCAGGUCGACUAUGGAAUACUCAGGGGUAUGAGGGUAUGAGGUCGAAUCCUGUAGAAGGCACACUAUUUUGAAAACCACACUUUCUGCACUGUUGUUAAAAUAAUUUGUUUUAUUUAGUAUAGUAUAAGCUUCUGUGUUAAUCAUCCUAAAUAAUGCCAUAAAUUCAGUACAAGGCAAAAAAGUGAAGCAUGAUGUAUGCAAACAUGGUAUUCCAACUGAUUAUAGGCUACGAAAGCCAAUGACUUACCGCUGCACCACAGACUUUUGAUGAAAACAGUGGAGAAAUGUUUUUAUAUCUGAUAAUCACACGCUGCUAUUUAUUGUUGACCGGCAGAUGUCACUAAUGUGCAUUGUGAACAGAUAAUGAAGCUCUGAGUAAUGAACCGUUUUUCAGCACAAUUUGGUGAAAGCGUUGAAUUCUUCAGACAGCUUCAAUAUUCCAUCACUAGCGAAAACACAACGAAGGCUGGUCACCAGCCUAUGCUGCUCUAUGCUGUUUUUUUCUCCAGGGUUGUCUCAAACUAUUCAAGGGUCUAUUGCAUUUUCAUGUGACAUCUUUUAUGAUAAUAGAAAACAAAGGUUUAUUCCUAUCACAUUGCUUUUACUGUUUAAUGAGGAGAAAAAGAAAACUCAUUUCAGCCCCUUUUACUUGUGGCUAACAAGAUCAGUGUUUAAUGGCCAGAGACAUGCAAACUAAGACCAUGUGAGUAUUGUGUAGUGAUCACCCUCUUCACUGGUCUAGGCCUUAUUUUCACUGUAAUCGUGUUAUGGAACCCAGGCAUGCAAAGUAACUCACCAAACUCUGUUUAUUGCUAGGCUAAAUAGUAUUGUCAAAAGGAGGACACCAAACAUAGAUAUAUCUUGCAUUGCCUGUGUUCAACACUUUCCACUGAUACAUACACUGGGUAGUGGAGUAGUGGACAAUGGAGCCCAUUGUUGUCGAAGGGUUAAUUGGAGGUUGCAGGGCUCUAUCCACCUCAGCUGUUCUCUGGGUUUAUCCAUUGACAGCAGCUAUGAUGUGAGGCACACAGUCUUUAAUAAAGCCAGUCAGCCAGCCAGUCAGUCAGCCAGGGAUGGUUCUGAGGAGUGGUGGAGUGAUUCAGGGGAAUGAGAUUACAUGUGAUGGUGGGGAUGAGAAGGAAGAGGGCACUGUACAGUGUUAAUCUGAUUUGAUCUACAGUUACAUUUGGUGUUUGUUUUGCUUUUACAGACACCUGCAUCUGUAUCCACGGUGACUAUACAUUUCACAUCACCUAACUGUGUGGUGUAAAUAAACAAGUUAUUUGAGUUUCCUAGAACUCUUUACCUCAAACCUUUACACAGCGGGCAAAACUGGUUGCAAUGACGUCCAUAGCAUUAUAGCCAGUUCCGGUUGUAAACUGGUUGUAACAACGUCAUUUCAACCGCUAGUAUGUUCCACUCCUGACCACUUAAAUUCCUCUGUUUCCUUACUCCCUGGAUCGUCUCACCAUCCCUCUCGGCUGUUUCUACUUGCAGACCCUCCAGGAAAUCUUCCAGACAGAGAUGCUCAUAGAGAGCCUGAAGAAGGCUCUGAGGGACAAGGAGUGCCCCCUGAAGGUGGCCCAGACCAGGCUGGACGAGAGGACACGCAGGCCCAACGUGGAGCUCUGCAGGGACAACCCACACCACAGGUAGGGCUCAGAUGAGUGUAGGUAUUUUAUUGCCAGUAAAAUUAGGACGUUUUACACUUCCAUUCCCUUCCUUCUCCUCCAUUUGCCUCUUCUCCUCUGUUUACCUUCCUAUCCCUAUUUCCAGACUGGUGGGAGAAGUGAGGGAGAUAGAGGACACCAUCCACAAGCUGCGUGAGAGGCUGAUGGAGGCAGAGAACACCCUGCAGAAGCUGGUGAAGACCAAGGCUGCCCUGGAGCAUGACCUGUCCAUCAAGGCUAACUCCCUGUUCCUGGAUCAGGAGAAGUGCAUGGGCAUAAGGAAGAGCUUCCCCAGUACCCCACGCCUGGUGGGAUACACCUAAAGCCAUCACAUAGUACUGUACAUGUAUACCACAGGAGGUUGGUGGCAUCUUAAUUGGGGAGGACUGGCUUGUGGUAAUGGCUGGAGCGGAAUCAGUGGAAUGGUAUCAAAUACACCAAACACAUGGUUUCCAUGUGUUUGAUGCUAUUCCAUUUGCUCCGUUCGAGCCAUUAUUAUGAGCCGUCCUCCCCUCAGCAGCCUCCACUGAUGUAUACCAUAAGAGUAGUGGGCUACACUUGGGCCUUGAUAAAGUUUUGUAUACAUUAACUAAGGCCCAGAGUUUUUCCUGGUCAAGAGCAUUGCACAAGGCCAGGGAAAACUCCUGGAUCCUAUAUAAAUGAGCACCACAUAGGGAUAGGGAAACUCAUAUCCUUUCCACACUAUUGUACCGACCUGAACAGUACUGUUCUGGCUCCGCUUUUCACAUUGUCCUUUCUAGCAUGGUUCCAGCCAAGCCAUCUGAGCAAUACUGCUCUGGUCUGGUUCUUCCUACACUGAGAAACCAGGCCAGAGCACUAUAGCUCAGAUGAAGAAUGAUGGAGGAAUCUAGUGCCCAAAAGCUUGUUUUAGCAUGGGCACCACCAUUGAGGACUUUUACCAUUUUGGAGUAGUCAACUGGGUGGGACUUCCUUUAGGUUAAGGAAUGAUCACAUAAUUCCGUCCAGGACAUCAGGAGGGAUCGGCAAAUUAUUUAUAAUUGUGAGUAAACAUUCCAUAACUGCAGGUGGCAGUAAAUCGCUAACCAUGGCUUUCUACCUGUUCAAACAACACACUACAGGUGGAAGUAUAUACCAUUUCAGUUUGUUUGCCAACUCAUAUAAGUAGUAGAAGAAGAAAAUGGACUACUUCAAAAUGUAGAUGGCCUCAAUGGCGCUUCCCAUUCUCUCACAGACACCAUAAUGGGACAGAUACAAUGAUGCGAUACUUAUGAAUGCUGUGUGUGUGUUUGGUUGUUUGUAUUUGGAAGAGGGAUAUCAGGGUUGUGGGGGAUGGGGUAAAUUAUCUAGACAAAUUAUGUUGACCCUGCUAGAUAUGAAGAUGAUAAAUUAUCAUAGAUUCUAUUUUAAGUCCUGAAGACAUUCACUGUGUGGCCUAAUUUCUUAAUGAAGUGACUUGUCGCUCUCGAAGCAAAACAUGUAAUAUGAUGUCACACUGUUACAGCCAAUGCAGUAUGAGACUGAAAAGAAGCAUUAUGGUUGUAUGUUACAAAUAUGACUUUUAACUCCCCUGUCUGAUUUUGUGUCAUAAGUUUAUUUGUACACUAUUUGUACAGUACAUUCCCACAAGCACAAAAGCAGUGAGACUUACCACUUCAACUGGAGGAGAAGACGGGUACAAAACAUGGCAGCAAAGAAUGUGCUUACCAAGUAUGGGUAUUUUGCUUUUAAACUGGUCCAUAGUACAUACAAUGCCUUCGGAAAGUAUUCAGACCCCUUAACUUUUUCCACAUUUUGUUACGUUACAGCCUUAUUCUAAAAUGGAUUAAAUAAAUACAAAUCGUCAGCAAUCUACACACAAUACCCCAUAAUGACAAAGCAAAAACAGGUUUUUAGAAAUAUUAGCAAAUGUAUUAAAAUUAAAAAACAGAAAUAGCUUAUUUACAUAAGUAUUCAGACCCUUUGCUAUGAUACUCGAAGUUGAACUCAAGUGCAUCCUGUUUCCAUUGAUCAUCCUUGAGAUGUUUCUACAACUUGAUUAGAGUCCACAUGUGGUAAAUUCAAUUGAUUGGACAUGAUUUGGAAAGGCACACACCGGUCUGUAUAAGACCCACAGUUGACAGUGCAUGUCAGAGCAAAAACCAAGCCAUGAGAUCGAAGGAAUUGUCCGUAGAGCUCCGAGACAGGAUUGUGUUGAGGCACAGAUCUGGGGAAGGGUACCAAAAACAUUCUGCAGCAUUGAAGGCCCCCAAGAACACAGUGGCCUCCAUCAUUCUUAAAUGGGAAUGAUGGAAAUUCUUCCUAGAGCUGGCCGCCCGGCCAAACUGAGCAAUCGGGGGAGAAGGGCCUUGGUCAAGGAGGUGACCAAGAACCCGAUGGUCACUCUGACAGAGCUCCAGAGAACCUUCCAGAAGGACAACCAUCUCUGCAGCACUCCACCAACCAGGCCUUUACGGUAGAGUGGCCAGACGGAAGCCACUCUUCAGUAAAAGGCACAUGACAGCCCGCUUGGAGUUUGCCAAAAGGCACCUAAAGACUCUCAGACUCUCAGACUCUCAGACUCUCAUACUCUCAUACUCUCAGACCAAGAUUGUCUGGUCUGAUGAAACCAAGAUGGAACUCUUUGACCUGAAUGCCAAGCGUCACGUCUGGAGGAAAACUGGCACCAUCUCUACGGUGAAGCAUGGUGGUGGCAGCAUCAUGCUGUGGGGAUGUUUUUCAGCAGCAGGAACUGGGAGACUAGUCAGGAUCGAGGGAAAGAUGAACGGAGCAAAGUACAGAGAGAUCCUUGAUGAAAACCUGCUCCAGAGCGCUCAAGACUUCAGACCGGGGUGAAGGUUCACCUUCCAACAGGACAACGACCCUGAGCACACAGCCAAGGCAAUGCAGGAGUGGCUUUGGGACAAGUCCCUGAAUGUCCUUGAGUGGCCCAGCCAGAGCCCAGACUUGAACCCGAUCUAACAUUUCUGGAGAGACCUGAAAAUAGCUGUGAAGCAAUGCUCCCCAUCCAACCUGACAGAGCUUGAGAGAAUAUGCAGAGAAGAAUGGGAGAAACUCCCCAAAUACAGGUGUGCUAAGCUUGUAGCGUCAUACCCAAGAAGACUUGAUGCUGUAAUCACUGCCAAAGGUGCUUCAACAAAGUACUGAGUAAAGGGUCUGAAUACUUAUCUAAUGUGAUAUUUCUGUUUUUUAUUUUUAAUAAUUUAGCAAUUUCUAAAACCCUGUUUUUGAUUAGUCAUUAUGGGGUAUUGUGUGUAGAUUGAUGAGGGAAAAAAUGUAAUCCAUUUUAGAAGAAGGCUGUAACGUAACAAAAUGUAGAAAAAGUCAAGGGGUCUGAAUACUUUCCAAAGGCACUGUAUGUUACUACUGAUGUUUGAGUGUUUGGAAUUCAGGUAUUUGCACUUGAAAGCAGUGAAAUUAAUGCCAUUACGGAUAUGCAUGUAUUCACUAAGAAAAACACAAUUAAUCACUGAUUCCUAAGAAAGAAAAAAUAAAAAAGAGAUUAAAAAUAUAAAACACACAUCUCAGGCCAAAUAGUGGAAGAGUUGGCAGAAGAGUUGAGAUGCAUUCCGUGUCAUCAACCAAUGAGAUUAGAGAGGUGAAAGGACCACUAUUAGGGUCAAAGGUCAAAAACAAAAUGUGUAAUAUUAACUUUAUUAACUUAAUGUGAACAAAAACGUGGUUCCUUACAAUAUAAGGCAUUGGAGUUGGUAAGAUAUCACAAACAGAUCUGGGACUCAAGCUAGGCCAGGGUACAGACCUAUUGGUCCGACGGUCUCUGGAACACAUAGAGAUAGAUAGAGGACUCUAGUGCCGAAAAGCCCGUUUUAGCAUGGGCAGCGCAAUUGAGGACUUUCCCCAUUUUUAAGUGGUCAACUGGGUGGGACUUCCUAUGCGGUUGAGCAAGGAUCACAUAAUGCCAUCCAGGUCACAAGGAAGGAUUAGCCAAUUAAUUAUACUUGUGAGGACAUUCCAUAACUACCUGGCGGUUAAGAGCGUUGGGCCGGUAACCGAAAGGUCGCUGGUUCGAAUCCCCGAGCCGACUAAGUGAAAAAUCUUUCGAUGUUCCCUUGAUCAAGGAUGUUAACCCUAAUUGCUCCUGUAAGUCGCUCUAGAUAAGAGCGUCUGCUAAAUGACUAAAAUGUAAAUGUAAAACAACACACCCUAGUGUGCACCCUUUAAGUUUGUUUGCCUACUCAUAGAAGUAGUAGAAAAAUAAAAUAGACAACUUCAAAAUGGAGAUGGCCUCAAUGGCGCUGCCAAUGCUCUCACAGACGCCAUAAUGGGACAGAUACAAUGAUGUGAUUUCUAUCUAAGUCUAUGGUGGAACAUUAUCACGACAAUUUACACUGCUCAAAAAAAUUAAGGGGACACUUAAACAACACAAUGUAACUCCAAGUCAAUCACACUUCUGGUGAAAUCAAACUGUCCACUUAGGAAGCAACACUGAUUGACAAUACAUUUCACAUGCCACAAAUGUGCAUGUGUCUGCUCAAACGGUCAGAAACAGACUCUAUGAGGGUGGUAUGAGGGCCCGACGUCCACAGGUGGGGGUUGUGCUUACAGCCCAACACCGUGCAGGACGUUUGGCAUUUGCCAGAGAACACCAAGAUUGGCAAAUUCGCCACUGGCGCCCUGUGCUCUUCACAGAUGAAAGCAGGUUCACACUGAGCACAUGUGACAGACGUGACAGAGUCUGAAGACGCCGUGGAGAACGUUCUGCUGCCUGCAACAUCCUCCAGCAUGACCGGUUUGGCGGUGGGUCAGUCAUGGUGUGGGGUGGCAUUUCUUUGGGGGGCCGCACAGCCCUCCAGGUGCUCGCCAGGGGUAGCCUGACUGCCAUUAGGUACCGAGAUGAGAUCCUCAGACCCCUUGUGAGACCAUAUGCUGGUGCGGUUGGCCCUGGGUUCCUCCUAAUGCAAGACAAUGCUAGACCUCAUGUGGCUGGAGUGUGUCAGCAGUUCCUGCAAGAGGAAGGCAUUGAUGCUAUGGACUGGCCCCGCCCGUUCCCCAGACCUGAAUCCAAUUGAGCACAUCUGGGACAUCAUGUCUCGCUCCAUCCACCAACGCCACGUUGCACCACAGACUGUCCAGGAGUUGGCGGAUGCUUUAGUCCAGGUCUGGGAGGAGAUCCCUCAGGAGACCAUCCGCCACCUCAUCAGGAGCAUGCCCAGGCGUUGUAGGGAGGUCAUACAGGCACGUGGAGGCCACACACACUACUGAGCCUCAUUUUGACUUGUUUUAAGGACAUUACAUCAAAGUUGGAUCAGCCUGUAGUGUGGUUUUCCACUUUAAUUUUGAGUGUGAUUCCAAAUCCAGACCUCCAUGGGUUGAUAAAUUUGAUUUCCAUUGAUCAUUUUUGUGUGAUUUUGUUGUCAGCACAUUCAACUAUGUAAAGAAAAAAGUAUUUAAUAAGAUUAUUUCAUUCAUUCAGAUCUAGGAUGUGUUAUUUUAGUGUUCCCUUUAUUUUUCAGUUGGCAAGACAGCUCAAACAGGCCUGGGACUCAGGUUAGGGGACGCCCCUAUUGGUCUGACAGUCCAUGGAAACCAAACAGUGGUUCUGAGCGAGCAGCAGAUGUGGCAGUAAUCUCCAAACAAACAUACAGGAUUAGCUCCUACACGGGGGAGAGAGGCUAGAACAAAUAUAUAGGCCUCUAGAGGGUUACUUAGUCAACCUCUGAUAUAUCAGAGUCAAUAACUGACCUGGAUGUUACCUUUGUGAGCCAUUGACACUUACUGGUGGUGGUUUUACUACUGUUUGAAAGGAAGCUCAGGCCCUGGAAAGCCAGUAAAAGUUCAAGUGAAACUGGCACAGGUGGCCAUUUUUUAAAUUACUUCCAGGCUGCUUGGUAACCAUUAUUAUAAACCAUUCAGUGAGUGAGUAUUAUUGUAUUGUCAACUUCAUUUAGGAUUUGAUUGUCUUUAUUGGUGGAAUAUAAAUAAUAUGACACAAUGGUGGAGCUGUGUAUAUAGUACACCCCCCCAUCUUCUCCUUCUCCCUGUAUAGAUGAUCCCUCUCUCCCUCUUCUCCCCCUUUCCUUCUCCUUCUCCUCCUCUUCCUGAUGUCUUUAUAGUCCAGCAUUGGGCGGUGAUGGUGAUGGAUUGUUGUAAUAGUUUUCCGGAAGUCCACAGACACAUACGGUAACACACAGAGAAAGGCAUGAACUAUAUUGAUUUCCAUUUUACUCCUUUGAGCGCCUGUACUAACCAUUAACACAUCUCCACCCCUGACCCAAACCAACCCUGCUACUUCAACACACUAACCUCCAACACAACCUUAUGUUCAACCAAGGAAUGUCAGUCUUGCUCAAGUCCGACGGAAAAGAGCAACAUCUUACGAGUUCCAACCCGACUUUGCUAUUUAGUGACUUUUUUUCAUGUUUAUCUUUUUUUGUACAGAAAGUUCAUACUAUUAUCACAUAUGACUGUUAAGCUAUGGUUAAACCCAGCACUCAGAGAAACAAAACACGACUAAGGGAGUGGAAGAAACAAAAAUUAUUUUAAUAAAAGUUCAAUUUGUCUUAGUCCAAAAACAACUGAAGAAAAGGAACAGAGUGGGCUAGUCGGCUCCGGAGGAAGGAGAGGCUGAGGCAGGCAGGCAGGCAGGCAGGUUGGGAGGUAUGUCUGAACUGAAGACAAAACAAACGACAGGUUAAGGAGAGUAAAGAGCCAGGCUGAAGACAAAGACAAUUUACUCUACUGGUGAGCCAAGUUACCGCUCUAGUAAGAACAAUGAUCUGGCGCCGGUGGAGAGCCAUGCCCAGGAAUUAGUAGUGCAGGUUGAUGAGAGAAUAGGAUGCAGCUGCGUAGGCAGGAAUCACUGGAAACAACCCGCAGCUGCACAGGAGAGGCAGAUCCUGAGCACGCCCCCCGAUCCACUCCAGACACACCCACAUAAUGGGGACAAACACACAUACAGAUACAACAGACAAAGAGGGGACAAAACAAGGAGGAAGGGAAACAGAAAAGGGAGAGACAAGCUGCCCACAUAACAGUACCCCCCCCUCAAUGGUCGCCACCUGGCGACCCACCAGGCCUGUCAGGGUUGUCGUGAUGUAAGUCCGUGAUCAGCUGAGGAUCCAACACAAAACGCUUAGGGACCCAAGACCUCUCCUCUGGUCCAUAACCUUCCCAAUCGACUAGGUAUUGGAGACCCCUACCCCGCCUCCGAGAGUCCAGGAGCCUACUGACGGUGUAGGCCGGAUGGUCGUCAAUGAGGCGAACAGGUGGAGGUGGACACAAAAGGCUGGAGGACACAGGUUUCAGUUGGGAGACGUGGAAAGUAGGGUGAAUCUUCAUGGCUGAAGGCAACUUCAAACGAACCGCAGCGGGGUUAACGAUGGACUCCACCACAAACGGACCCAGGUACCGAGGAGACAGCUUGCGUGAUUUGGUACGAAGAGGUACGUUCUUAGAUGACAGCCAAACUUCUUGACCAGGAUGAAACACAGGUGCGGGAGUCCUGCUCCUAUCCGCUGUCGUCUUGUUCCUGUCGGUGGUCCGAAGCAACGCUUCCCGAGCGUCGCUCCACACUCUCUGGCAGCGGCGGAGGUUCUCCUGAACCGAAGGAACAGCCAAUUCCUUCUCCUGAGCAGGAAACAGAGGGGGUUGAUAACCCAUGGUUACUUCGAAGGGUGAAAGGCCGGUGGCAGAGGUGGUGAGGGAGUUGUGGGCGUACUCUAUCCAAGGCAGAUGUUUGGCCCAGGAUGAUGGAUGAUGAGCAGCCACACAACGAAGGGUUGCUUCGAGGUUUUGAUUGGCUCUUUCUGUUUGACCGUUGGUCUGGGGAUGAAACCCUGAGGACAGACUAACGGAAGCACCCAAAGCAGAACAGAAAACCUUCCAAACACGGGAAGUAAACUGUGGGCCUCUAUCAGAUACGAUGUGCACAGGUAUUCCAUGGGGACGGAAUACAUGUUGGACUAGGAGGUCCGCUGUCUCACUGGCAGACGGUAAUUUUGGUAAUGCUAUAUAGUGAACAGAUUUAGAGAAUCUGUCCACAAUGGUAAGUAUAGUAUCAUUACCUUCAGACUUGGGUAGGCCGGUGACAAAAUCCAUGGCUAUGUGGGACCAGGGACGGCUGGGAACUGGGAGGGGUAGCAGCAGCCCCGAAGGGGACUGAUGGGAGGCUUUGCCCCGAGCACAGGUUGAACAGGCUGCCACAAAUCCCGAACGUCAGUUUCCAUUGAAGGCCACCAAAAAUGUCUCCUAAGCAGCGUCAACGUGCGUCUCAUCCCAGGGUGACCAGCAAAACGGGAGGUGUGAAUCCACUGCAACACCUGAGACCGGACCGUCUCGGGAACAAAGAGUAGGUUGGGAGGUCCAUCACCCGGUCCCGGGUCCGUGGCAAGUGCAGUCUUCACAAGAGACUCGAUCUCCCACUGUACUGCCGCCACGACACAUGAGGAAGGUAGGACUGCCUCAGGCUCGCUGGUCUCCGAAGGGUCAGCAAACUGGCGGGACAAAGCAUCUGGUUUAACAUUUCUUGACCCCGGUCUGUAUGUAAGAAUAAAGUUAAACCUACUAAAAAACAGGGCCCAUCUGGCUUGGCGUGAGUUGAGUCUCUUAGUGGCUUGGAUGUAAGCCAAGUUUUUGUGGUCUGUCCGGCAGUUCAGCUCCAUCCAGCCAGUGCCGCCAUUCUUCCAGUGCUAGCUUAACCGCCAGCAGUUCCCGGUUUCCAACGUCGUAAUUCCGUUCUGUGGGUGACAAUUUCUUGGAGAAAAAAGCACAGGGGUGAAGCUUUUGGUCAGUGGGGGAGCGCUGGGAGAGGACUGCUCCCACACCUGAGUCAGACGCGUCCACCUCCACAAUAAACUGCAGAGAGGUAUUGGGGUGUAUCAACACGGGGGAGGUGGAAAACAGUUCCUUCAAAACCCCUACCGCCUGCUCCGCCUCAGGGGACCACAGAAAAGGGACUUUUGGGGAUAUGAGUCUAGUAAGGGGUGCCACCACUUUACUAAAACCCUUAAUGAAUCUACGGUAGAAGUUAGCAAAGCCCAAAAAUCGUUGAAGUUGCUUACGGGUGGUGGGUGUGGGCCAUUCCGUCACUGCCCGGAUCUUCUCGGGGUCCGCCUUCACCUGCCCGCUCUCAAUGAUGAAACCAAGGAACGAUGUAGACUGUUUGUGGAACUCACACUUUUCUUCUUUGACGUACAGCUUAUUCUCCAAGAGCCGUUGAAGGACUUGACGGACGUGUGACUCAUGCUCCUCGGGUGACUUGGAAAAAACAAGAAUAUCAUCCAGGUAUACAAAGACAAAGCGGUUCCAAAAAUCCCUAAGAACAUCGUUCACCAUGGCUUGGAAUACAGCAGGGGCGUUUGAGAGCCCAAAGGGCAUGACCAAAUACUCAAAAUGCCCCAGUGGAGUGUUGAAAGUGGUUUUCCACUCAUCUCCCUUUCGGAUUCUGACAAGGUGAUAAGCGUUCCUGAGGUCGAGCUUGGAGAAAACUGUGGCGCCAUGCAGAGGUUCAAAAGCUGAGUUGAUGAGUGGAAGGGGAUACUUGUUUUUAACAGUUAUGUUGUUUAAACCCCUGAAAUCGAUACAGGGGCGUAACGACUUGUCUUUCUUUUCAACGAAAAAGAAACCUGCACCCAAAGGAGACGACGAGGGACGGAUUAUGCCCGAGGCCAGAGAAUCACCAAUAUACUGCUCCAUUGCCUCUCUUUCCGGUCGGGACAGAUUGUAUAAGCGACUAGAGGGCAAGGGAGCACCAGGAAGCAGUUCAAUAGGGCAAUCAUAAGGCCUAUGUGGUGGUAGAGACAGAGCCUUGUCCUUACUGAAAACCUCCGCUAAGUCAUGGUAUUCUUUGGGGACAGAUGACAGAUCGAGAGGAGCUGAGGGAUGAGUUGGGUUACACUUAGUGGGGGGAACCGCUGACCUAAGGCACUCUGAAUGGCAGUUAGUGCUCCAACUGAGAAUGGUGUGACGUGUGUUACGAACCCCGUGGCUUUAAACGUCUAGGGUGGAUGGAGAAGAGACCCGUAACAUAAGUCAUGCAAAUUAGACUCGUGACAUGGAACAGUGAGAACAAAAACUACACGACAACCAUAGACUACCGUCAAACAUAAAAUGUUUAUUGCUGAACACACGGUAAAGGUUUGGGAAAAAGGGCUGAGCAGGACCCAAGAAAUGAAACAAUAGUGUAAAACACCCCUAAACUGAUCUUGCCUGCCUCAAGAACCGCUAAGCUACUGCUAAUCAUACAAAAGUACAGGGGGUGGUCCGCUCAGGUCUAACUAGUGUUUUUAGACAGUUUUCUUCCCAAGGGUAAUGUACGCCCAAGGGCAACUUGCUUAAACUCCCCUUUUCCCAGAAACACACAAAGUUACCAAACAGAGUAAUCAGCAAAUGAGUGAGUACACAAAACACAGGACACCACAGUAUCCAAACUCACAUACGGAAAUAGUCUCUCUAACAAAGUUACCAAACACAACUGACUGGUUUUUAUACAAUGGGAUGUGUGAUUGAAAAACCAGCAACAGGUGGUGCAAUGCAGAGGAAUGUUCACUGAUUGGUCCACCUUAGCAAUCAGCAGACACCUCAACGACCACCAAUCAGGAACAUACAGGACACCUGUGAUUAGGGCAGAAGGAGAGGAAAAACACAAAAAGACACAGGAUACCUGUAUCCGUAACACGUGUCCAAUCAAUUUGUGGGUUGUGAAGAGCCAACCAGGGGAAGCCAAGGAUUAGGGAGGUAGCUGAGCCAGACAUCACUCUUAACUGAAUGCUUUCACAAUGAUUGCCAGAAAUCACUAGGGAAACGGGGGUGGUUUGAUGAGUUAUCUCCGCAAGGAGGCGCCCAUCAAGGGCUGUGACCCGAAUGGGGGUAGGUAGUGGCUCCAUGGGGAUACGAGCUUGUGUAACGAACUGGUGGCUACUAAAGUUGUCUUCUGCACCUGAGUCUAUGAGAGCUGAGAGUGGCAGGGAAUGACUCUGGAAACGUAAGGUUACAGGUACUUGUAAUCGGGGAAUGAUGGGUUCAGGAUCUAACUCUGGGCUCGCAAGUAGACCCACCGUUACGAGCGAGCCUUGUCUUUUGGUCGCUUAGGGCAUGUAGCCAGAAUGUGUGUGGCGUCUCCACAGUACAGGCGCUCACCUGCCUGGAGGCGCCGUUGCCGCUCUGCUGGAGGUAGUCGAGCUCGACCCACUUGCAUUGGUUCCUCCUCUGUGCUCGGGAUGGGAUCAGGAACAAGAAGCUGCCGGCUCCGGGGAGGCGAGACUCGAGUGGUUGAAGGCUGGGGAACUCGUCCUCCUAGAUGUGGCCGACCGCCACUCUCCCGACGCCUCUCCCGCAACCGGUUGUCUAGCUUAAUGGACAGGGAAACGAGAGAAUGUAAAUCAUGUGGCUCGUCACGAGCAGCCAGUUCAUCCUUAAUGGCUUCAUUCAAACCGUUUAGAAAUGCUCCUUGAAGUGCCACAUUGUUCCACUUGGAGUCCGCUGCCAAAGUCCAGAACUCAAUAGAGUACUCAGCCACACUGUUAGAACCCUGCCUCAAAUUAAAAAGUAUCUUGGAGGAAUUACCCACAUGGUCAGGAUGGUCAAAAACAGUCUUCAAUUUAGCAGAAAAAUCAGCAAAAGUCAAUCCAGUCAAAGUUUGAUUUGAGCAUACAGCCUCAGCCCAAACCAGAGCUCUCCCUCUUAACAGCCCCAGAACAUAAUGUACCUUAGAGGAAUCAGUAGAAAACGACAGUGGUCUCUGCCGAAAAAUCAAGUCACACUGAAGCAAAAAUCCCCGGCACUUGUCCAAUUCUCCAUUGAACGGUUCAGGCGACGUGACAGGGGGUUCCCGAUGGAACGAAGCCUGCAUAAUGUCCGAGGAAACAACUUGGGGUGCAUCAAACUGGGGGUCAGAGAGAGAUGGAGAACUGAUAACAGACAAUUUAGAGACUUGUGUAGUUAACUGAGUCACCUGGUUCAGCAGUUGAUGAUUAUCUUCCAAAAGAGUCCGAAUCAAUUGGUCAUGCUGUCCUAGCAACGUUCCUUGAGCCUGGAUAGCUUGUUGGAAGCUGUCUUCGUUUGCCCCGUGCUGUUUCUCUGUUGGGUCCAUGGCGCCAGAUCGUUCUGUUAAGCUAUGGUUAAACCCAGCACUCAGAGAAACAAAACACGACUAAGGGAGUGGAAGAAACAAAAAUUAUUUUAAUAAAAGUUCAAUUUGUCUUAGUCCAAAAACAACUGAAGAAAAGGAACAGAGUGGGCUAGUCGGCUCCGGAGGAAGGAGAGGCUGAGGCAGGCAGGCAGGCAGGCUGGAAAGCAGGUUGGGAGGUAUGUCUGAACUGAAGACAAAACAAACGACAGGUUAAGGAGAGUAAAGAGCCAGGCUGAAGACAAAGACAAUUUACUCUACUGGUGAGCCAAGUUACCGCUCUAGUAAGAACAACGAUCUGGCGCCGGUGGAGAGCCAUGCCCAGGAAUUAGUAGUGCAGGUUGAUGAGAGAAUAGGAUGCAGCUGCGUAGGCAGGAAUCACUGGAAACAACCCGCAGCUGCACAGGAGAGGCAGAUCCUGAGCACGCCCCCCGAUCCACUCCAGACACACCCACAUAAUGGGGACAAACACACAUACAGAUACAACAGACAAAGAGGGGACAAAACAAGGAGGAAGGGAAACAGAAAAGGGAGAGACAAGCUGCCCACAUAACAAUGACCGCCAAUCACUUCUGGACAUCAGAUUGACAGUUACUAACCUCGAUUUGGAUUUCAACUCCGACUCAGCUGUUCCCUUGUUCAUACCGAACUGCAUUCCUUUGUUUCAUGGGCUACGAAAACACAGCAGGCGUAGAUGCGGUAGAUGAGCCGGAAUCCUGGUGAGACUGACGGCCCUCCCCUCCGUUCUAUUGGCAAAUGUCAAGUCACUCGAGAAUAAGAUGGAUGAGCUUCAUUCCAGAGUCUCCUGUCUGAGAGACUUGAAAAGCUGCAAAAUUAUAUGCCUUGCAGAGACGUGGCUGGAUGACUCUAUGUACGUAGAACUCAGUGGUUUCUCCAUGCAGUGGCAUGAUCGAACGAAGGGGGAGGGGUCUGCCUCUUCAUAAACAACAACUGUUGCGCUGCUUCCAUUGUUAAUGAAAUCUUUAGCUUUUGCUCACCUGAUAUAGAAUACCUCAUGGUAAACUGCAAACCCUUUUAUUUACCAAGAGAGUUCUCAUAUGUAAUUAUCACGACUGUCUACAUCCCUACACAAGACAACAUCACUUCUGCACUCAACAAACUGUAUUGGGACAUAAACAAACAAGAAACCGCUCACCAAGAGGCAGCGUUUCUGGUGGGCGGAGACUUUAACGCGAGGAAACUUAAAACCGUUCUACCUCACUUCUACAAUUAUGCCUCCUGCACCACUAGGGGUGCUAAAACUCUAAACCACUUUUAUUCUACCCACAGAAACGCAUACAAGGCCCUCCCUCGUCCUCCUUUCAGCAAAUCUAACCACAACUCUAUUCUCCUGCUUUCUGUUUACAAACAAGAGCUCAAACAGGAAGUACCAGUGAAGCGCUCAAUACAUAAGUGGUCCGAUGAAGCAGACGCAAGGCUACAAGACUGUUUUGCUAGUACAGACGGGGAUAUGUUCCAGGAUUCAUCCGAUAGCAUUGAAGAGUUAACCACAUCAGUCCACCCCUGUCACGGGCUUCAUCAAUAAGUGCAUAAACAACGUCGCCCCACAGUGACUAUACGAACGUAUCCCAACCAAAAACCAUGGAUUACAGGCUAAAUCCACGCUGGGCUAAAGGCUAGAGCUGCCGCUUAAAAGGAACAGAAUACAGACAUGGAGGCAUACAAGAAAGCCCGCUGUGACCUCCGAUGAGAAAUCAAAAAUGCAAAAGGACAAUAUACAGUGCCUUGCAAAGUAUUUAUCCCCCUUGGCGUUUUUCCUAUAUUGUUGCAUUACAUCCUGUAAUUUCAAUUGAUUUUUAUUUGGAUUUCAUGUAAUGGACAUACACAAAAUAUGCCAAUUGAUGAAGUGAAAUGAAAAAAAUAACUGGUUUCAAAAAAUUCUAAAAUCUAAAUAACAGAAAGGUGGUGCGUGCAUAUGUAUUCACUGCCUUUGCAAUGAAGCACCUAAAUAAGAUCUGGUGCAACCAAUUACCUUCAGAAGUUACAUAAUUAGUUAGAUUGCACACAGGUGGACUUUAUUUAAGUGUCAUAUGAUCUGUCACAUGAUCUCAGUAUAUAUACACCUGUUCUGAAAGGCCCCAGAGUCUGCAACACCACUAAGUAAGGGGCACCACCAAGCAAGCGGCACCAUGAAGACCAAGGAGCUCUCCAAACAGGUCAGGGACAAAGUUGUGGAGAAGUACAGAUCAGGGUUAUAAAAAAAUAUCAGGAACUUUGAACAUCCCAUGGAGUAUCAUUAAAUCAAUUAUUUAAAAAAUGGAAAGAAUAUGGCACCACAACAAACCUGCCAAGAGAGGGCCGCCCACCAAAACUCACGGACCAGGCAAGGAGGGCAUUAAUCAGAGAGGCAACAAAGAGACAAAGAUAACCCUGAAGGAGCUGCAAAGCUCCACAGCGGAGAUUGGAGUAUCUGUCCUUAGGACCACUUUAAGCCGUACACUCCACAGAGCUGGGCUUUACUGAAGAGUGGCCAGAAAAAAGCCAUUGCUUAAAGAAAAAAAUAAGCAAACACGUUUGGUGUUCGCCAAAAGGCAUGUGGGAGACUCCCCAAACAUAUGGAAGAAGGUACUCUGGUCUGAUUAGACUAAAAUUGAGCUUUUUGGCCAUCAAGGAAAACGCUAUGUCUGGCGCAAACCCAACACCUAUCAUCAACCUGAGAACACCAUCCCCACAGUGAAGCAUGGUGGUGGCAGCAUCAUGCUGUGGGGAUGGUUUUCAUCAGCAGGGACUGGGAAACUGUUCAGAAUUGAAGGAAUGAUGGAUGGCGCUAAAUACAGGGAAAUUCUUGAGGGAAACCUGUUUCAGUCUUCCAUAGAUUUGAGACUGGGACGGAGGUUCACCUUCCAGCAGGACAAUGACCCUAAGCAUACUGCUAAAGCAACACUUGAGUGGUUUAAUGGGAAACAUUUCAAUGUCUUAGAAUGGCCUAGUCAAAGCCCAGACCUCAAUCCAAUUGAGAAUCUGUGGUAUGACUUAAAGAUUGCUGUACACCAGCGGAACCCAUCCAACUUGAAGGAGCUGGAGCAGUUUUGCCUCGAAGAAUGGGCAAAAAUCCCAGUGGCUAGAUGUGCCAAGCUUAGAGAGACAUACCCUAAGAGACUUGCAGCUGUAAUAGGUGGCUCUACAAAGUAUUGACUUUGGGGGAAUGAAUAGUUAUGCACGCUCAAGUUUUCAGUUCUUCAUAUUUCUUGUUUGUUUCACACAGAAAUAGUCAUUUAGCAGACGCUCUUAUCCAGAGCAACUUACAGGAGCAAUUAGGGUUAAGUGCCUUGCUCAAGGGCAUAUCAACAGAUUUUUCACCUAGUCGGCUCAGGGAUUAGAACCAGCAACCUUUCAGUUACUGGCACAACGCUCUUAACCACUAAGCUACCUGCCACCCCAUCUUCAAGGUGGUAGGCAUGUUGUGUAAAUCAAAUGAUACAAACCCCCAAAAAAUCUAUUUUAAUUCCAGGUUGUAAGGCAACAAAAUAGGAAAAAUGCCAAGUGGGGUGAAUACUUUCGCAAGCCACUGUAGGAGGAAGGUGGAUUCCUAUUACACCGGCUCCGACACUCGUCGUAUGUGGCAGGGCUUACAGACGAUAACGGAUUACAAAGGGAAACCCAUCCGUGAGAUGCCCAGUGAGGCAUUUUAUGCUUGCUUUGAGGAAUACAACACUGAGUCUUGCGUGAAAGCCCCUGUUUUUCCGGAUGACUGUGUGAUCACGCUCUCCGUGGCAGAUGUGAGUAAAACUUUUAAACAGGUUAACACUCACAAGUCCGCCAGGCCAGUCGGAAUACCAGGUUGCAUUCUUAAAGCAUGCGCAGACCAGCUGGCAAGUGUCUUCAAUGACAUUUUCAAUCUCUCCUUGUCCCAGUCUGUAAUCCCAACAUGUUUCAAGCUGACCACCAUUGUUCCUGUUCCCAAGAACUUCAUGGUAACCUGUUAAAAUAACUAUUACCCUGUAGCACUCACACGGGGUGGGUAGGCAACAAACAACACCUCCGCCACGCUGCCCCUCAACACGGGGGCCAGGGGUGUGUGCUUAGUCCCCUGUACUCCCUGUUCACCCACGACUGCGUGGCCACGCACGACUCCAACACCAUCAUCAACUUUGCUGAGUACAAGACGGUGGUAGGCCUGAUCACCGAUGACAAUGAGACAGCCUACAGGGAGGACGUCAGAGACUUAGCAGUGUGGUCCCAGGACAACAACCUCUCCCUAAAUGUCAGUAAGACCAAGGAGCUGAUCGUGGUCUACAGGAGGGGAGAGCACGCCCUCAUCCACACCGACAGGUCUGUAGUGGAGCGGGUCGAGAGCUUCAAGUUCCUUGGCGUCCACAUCACUAAGGACUUAACAUGGUCCACACACACCCACACAGUCGUGAAUAGGACACGACAGCGCCUCUUCCCCCUCAGGAGGAUGAAAAGAUUUGACAAGGGCCCUUGGAUCCUCAAUAGGUUAUACAGCUGCACCAUUGAGACAUUCUUGACUGGCUGCAUCACUGCUUGGUAUGGCAAAUUCCCCUCCCUCGACCACAAAGAGCUACAGAGGGUGGUGCAGACAGCCCAGUACAUCUCUGGGGCUGAGCUCCCUGUCAUUUAGGACCUCUACUGGUACUGGUACUCCCUGUGUAUAGCUCCAUUCUUGUGUAUUUUAUUCCUCUUGUGUUACUAUUUUUAUUUUUCUUAUUAUUUUUUAACUCUGCAUCGUUGGGAAGGGCUCGUAAGCAAGCAUUCACGGUAAAGUUGUAUUUGGCACAUGUGACAAAUAAAAUUUUACUUGAUUUGAUACUUUUUGAAUCCCUUUGAGUCCCUGCCCAUCAUCCACCUCUUCAAAGAGUAUCUUAAAUAAGAAAUCUCAGUCUUACCCCCCCCCCCCAAAAAAAAAAAAGUGCACUUGUCUUUCCCUACUAGCACUGACUUUGCUGAUAAUUUCUUUAUUGAGUAACAAUGUACUUACUACGACUGCGAUAUGUGUUUCUCUCACCUAGCUAUCUUAAGAUGAAUGCACUAACAGUAAGUCGCUCUUGAUAAGAGCGUCUGCUAAAUAAUUCAAAUGUAAAACGUAAACGUAAAUUAAUCUUGCAUGUUUUAUAGAUAAUGUUGUUCUAUAAACUUCCAUCACAAAUUGACACUUUGAACACUAUCAACCAGAGGUGUGGACUCGAGUCACAUGACUUGGACUCGAGUAUGACUCGAGUCACAAAUUUGAUGACUUGAGACUCGACUUAAUAGAAAAUAAAAUAAUAACUUGAGACUUGACUUGGACAUGGAGCCUCAAGACUUGGUACUUGACUUGAAACUGAUGACUGGAAAUUAUCUGGCCAGGUUUUGUAACGUUUUUUCACUCAUUUUGUGUCACAUAGUCUCUGUGGGUUACUCUCCACGCAGCCAGAGACUGUAGCUAGGUUUCCAUUCAAAUGGCGACAGAUUUUCAUGCGAAUAUUCUAAAAUCGCAUUUUCCCUCCAGUGGAGUGUUUCCUCCAAACUGACUUGUUGCGGAGGAAAAUGUGUGUGGGAUGAAAUAGUGCACAUAAAAUUUUAUUUUUUGCUUAAAUUUUCAUGGACAGAAUAAAAAUCCAAAGUUCAAUGUGUUUCCAUAGCAUUUUCAACUGUACCGAUAGUUUUGUCACAAAAAACUAUUGCAUUAAAUAACAAAUGUGCCUACUCUGGUCAUGUGUUCUAGCCAACAGCUCAGUGGCUAGAACGCAUGUGUCGGUAGGUUAGUCUACAUGAUGAUAUUAUUAUUGAUAAGAGCAGUCAAGCAUCGAUCAUCAUGUCAUCAGAAUAAGACCCUCGAUAUUUAUUGGAAAGGAGCAUCAAGCUCAUAGUGUGCACUUUCAACACCCUGUGAAGUUCAGCAUAAUUUACUUAAUCUGUAGCCUAAUAAUCUGCAUGGUUUCCCGAGUCAUAGUGGGAAGACCACACACCAUAUCAUCUCGUGACUCCAAGUUUGCUUUGAUGGUGAUGGUUAUUAUAUCAGUAUUUGCACAUAAAGGCAUUUCCACCGCCAUUUCUCGCAUAAUACAUUUUACCGACACAAAAAGAUCCCACCAUGUCGAAUGAACAAAUGAUCUGUCUGCAUUUAUAAAAUUCUACUGAAACUUCCUGUUUCCAUCACAGCUGUCAUAAUUUUUUUUUAUGGUAUGACUUUACUUGCAUGAAAACUGUGGAUGGAAACGUGGUUAGUAUCGCACUUGCAAAAACAAAUGAUUGGCUUGUGAAACGCACACUCGGUCCUCUGAUUGGACCAAUUAAAGUCAGUGCUAGUUGGGUGAGCUUGCAUCUCUUUUUCUUUUUCCAUCCAUCCCUCCAUCUCUCUUUCUGUUUUAUAUCCAAAUGUCUGUGGUGUCUUCCAGGAUGCAUUUUAUUUUACAGAUAUCCAUUGCUGAGGUCAGAGCCAAUAGACAGGGAGGGUUAACACACCCAUACUGCUGUCCAAUCUAACUGAAGGAUCUGGGAAGAAGGCCCGGGUCUAAGCUGUGAGGCUACCCCAAAUCCAUUGCGAAAAUCUGUUCAUAGGUUAGGGUUAUCCUAAUUUCACACCGAAAAAAGUAUGACAACAUCAUGCGCGGCACCACCACAGAUAAAGGAGUGUUUCACUACGGAAAUAAUUUUGAAGUGGGUUGAGGUUCCUAUAAAGAUAAAGCAAAGGUUUAUCGCUGAAGAAAUACCUGUUGUUUUGAGUGUGUGUGUGUGUGUGUGUGUGUGUGUGUGUGUGUGUGUGUGUGUGUGUGUGUGUGUGUGUGUGUGUGUGUGUGUGCAUGCUUGCGUGAGUCCCAGCAAGCUUGUUUUUGUGUUAGAGGUUAAACUUGCACUUUGAUUCAGGGGUGCCAUGUUUUAUGACUGCACUGUAUGUUAUCUAGUGUUUGCACACUUCGCAUUUGACACACAUACAGUGGCUUGCGAAAGUAUUCACACCCCUUGGCAUUUUUCCUAUUUUGUUGCCUUACAACCUGGAAUUAAAAUGGAUUUGGGGGUUUGUAGAAUUUGAUUUACACAACAUGCCUACCACUUCGAAGAUGCAAAAUAUUUUUUUGUGUGAAACAAAACAAGAAAUAAGACAAAAAAAACAGAAAACUUGAGCGUGCAUAACUAUUCAUCCCCCCAAAGUCAAUGCUUUCUAGAGCAACCUUUUGCAGCAAUUACAGCUGCAAGUCUCUUGGGGUAUGUCUCUAUAAGCUUGGCACAUCUAGCCACUGGGAUAUUUGCCCUUUCUUCAAGGCAAAACUAUUCCAGCUCCUUCAAGUUGGAUGGGUUCCGCUGGUGUACAGCAAUCUUUAAGUCAUACCACAGAUUCUCAAUUGGAUUGAGGUCUGGGCUUUGACUAGGCCAUUCCAAGACAUUUAAAUGUUUCCCCUUAAACCACUCGAGUGUUGCUUUAGCAGUAUGCUUAGGGUCAUUGUCCUGCUGGAAGGUGAACCUCCGUCCCAGUCUCAAAUCUCUGGAAGACUGAAACAGGUUUCCCUCAAGAAUGUCCCUGUAUUUAGCGUCAUCCAUUAUUUCUUCAAUUCUGACUAGUUUCCCAGUCCCUGCCGAUGAAAAACAGUCUCCCACAUGCCUUUUGGCGAACACCAAACAUGUUUGCUUAUUUUUUUCUUUAAGCAAUGGCUAUUUUCUGGCCACUCUUCCGUAAAGCCCAGCUCUGUGGAGUGUACGGCUUAAAGUUGUCAUGCCCUGACCUAUAGAACUCUAGUUAGUUUGGUCAGGGUGUGAAUAUCAUGUGUGUGUUGAUUCUAUGUUUGUAUUUCUAUGUUUGGCCGGGUGUGGUUCCCAAUCAGAGGCAGCUGUCGCUCGUUGUCUCUGAUUGGGGAUCAUACUUAGGCAGCCAGUUUUCCUGCCUGUGUGGUGGGAUCUUGUUUUGUGCUCGGUGAGUUUGGCUUGUGUGUAUGGUCUUCCGACGUCACGUUUCGUUGCCUGUUGUUGUUUUGUUGUUUAUUCGGUUUAAUAAACAUGGAUGCAUUUCACACUGCGCCUUGGUCUGACCCGUCCUUCAACGAGUGUGACAAAAGUGGUCCUAUGGACAGAUACUCCAAUCUCCGCUGUGGAGCUUUGCAGCUCCUUCAGGGUUAUCUUUGGUCUCUUUGUUGCCUCUCUGAUUAAUGCACUCCUUGCCUGGUCCGUGAGUUUUGGUGGGCGGCCCUCUCUUGGCAGGUUUGUUGUGGUGCCAUAUUCUUUCAAUUUUUUAAUAAUGGAUUUAAAGGUGUUCCGUGGGAUGUUUUUUGUAUAACCCAACCCUGAUCUGUACUUCUCCACAACUUUGUCCCUGACCUGUUUGGAGAGCUCCUUGGUCUUCAUGGUGCUGCUUGCUUGGUGGUGCCCCUUUCUUAGUGGUGUUGCAGACUCUGGGGCCUUUCAGAACAGGUGUAUAUAUACUGAGAUCAUGUGGCACUUAGAUUGCACACAGGUGGACUUUAUUUAACUAAUUAUGUGACUUCUGAAGGUAAUUGGUUGCACCAGAUCUUAUUUAGGGCCUUCAUAGCAAAGGGGGUGAAUACAUAUGCACACACCACUUUUCUGUUUGGACUAGUUUGUGAAUGUCCAUUACAUGAAAUCCAAAUAAAAAUCAAUUUCAAUUACAGGUUGUAAUGCAACAAAAUAGGAAAAACAUCAAGGGGGAUGAAUACUUUUUCAAGCCCACUGUAUAUACACACACACACACACACACACACACACACUAGUUACUCCCCUCCCCCCCUCUGCUGUACAAACUGUAUUGCGCUUGACUGUGACCUUCAGGAGUAAAUACAUGGGGAGGGGAUCAUCCACAGUGGUCUCUAGCAUUCCCACCCUGCAGCGUUUGCUUGCAGGACCCCCCCCCCCCCCCCCCCCAUAUAUAUCUUACAUCGCAAGACUUGCGUCUCUCAUGAUUGCACUUACUGACGGCCAGACAGACAGCAGAGCUGAGGCUUUCACUCUUCUCUCAUCUCACUCUCCUCCUCUCUUUUCUCCUCUCCUCUCCUCCCUCUAUCUCUCUCUCUCUCUCCUCUCUCUCUCUCCUCUCUCUCUCCUCUCGCCUCUCUCGUCUCUCUCUCUCUCCUCUCCUCUCUUCCCCCUUCUCUCCCUCUCUCCUCUCUCUCUCUCUUCUCUCGCUUCUCUCUCCUCAUCUCUCCUCUCCUCCUCGACUCCAUCCUCCUCUCCCUCUCUCUCUCCUCCCUCUCUCUCUCUCGGCAUCUCCUCGUCUCUCCUCCCUAUCUCCUCUCCGUCCUCCCUCCUCUCUGUGCCUCGGGUCUUUUAUGGUGCUCUGCCUCUACUUCUCUCGGCUUCGUUCUCCAUCGGUCUCUCAGGCUCAUCAUCUCACGUCUUUUCUCUCAGGUAUCACUUCUCCUCUCUGUCUUCUCUCUUCAAUCUCUCCUCUCUCUCUCUUCAACUCCUCCUCUCUCGGUCUCUUACCUUCCCUCCUCCUCUUCCUCCUCUCUUCAGUCCUCUGGCGCUGUCGUCCUCAGGUCUGCUCUCGGUUCAGCUCCGGCUCUCUCCUCUCUCUCCUCUCUCUCUCUCUCUCGUUCCGUCCGUCGUCUCUCUCUCUCUCCUUCCGUCGGGCUCGCUGGCCCUCUCGGGCUCCUCCUUACAUCUCUCUCUCUCCUCUCUCCUCCUCCUCUCUCAUCUGCUCUCUCUCUCUCGUCUCCUUUCGCUCUCUCUCUCUCUCUCUCCUCUCUCUCUCUCUCUCUCCUCCUCUCUCCUCUCUCCUCUCUCUACCACCUCAGGUGAAGACCUGAAGACCCAGUUAGGGACAUGCCCGGGUCUCUUUUUUGAUCAGGACACAAAUAGUCCCCCCUUUGACCUCCUCUCCCACCCCGCAUACAGGGAAUGUCCUCUGGAAUUGUCCCCACAGUCCCCGCAUAUUGCCAGUUUAUUUUUUAUCUUCAACUUUUGUUAUAGAUAUACUAGACAUACCAUGUUUAGACUAGAGAGCUGAUGGUGCUUAGUGGGGAGCCACAGUUCUAUACUAUAUCAUUGAGAGGUUUGCGGUCUCAACUCCACAUACAUUUUAGAUAGCCAUAUGGGUCGUUCCACCAAUUCAGCGCCUUUUGAGAAUUUAUCCAAAAAAACUUUGAAUACACCUAAUUUUAACAUUCUGUCGUAAAGAGCACAUGUUCAACUUCAUGAAAAAUACAUGUUCCCAUCUCAAGAGGUUAAAUAAUAAAAGGUCUAUAGUUAGUGCAUAUUAAAGACAUGGUCUGGUACUUUGGUGACUUAGAAAGUAUUUUAAAAACCUCCCGCUUUGGGCUGGAUGUGUCACUGCGUUGUUCAUACAUGCAUAAUCUAUGAGCAGCGACUGUUUUCUUGAAGCUGUGCCGCGCCAUUUUCCAAUUUUAGUCAUUUAGCAGACACUCUUAUCCAGAGCAACUAGGAUACUAGUGCCUUGCUCAAGGGCACAUCGACACAUUUUUCACUUAGUCGGCUCAGAGAUUCAAACCAGCGACCUUUUCGUUUACUGGCCCAACGCUCUUAACCGCUAGGCUACCUGCCACACAUUCACAACAAUUCCCUCCACGUGGGCCAGCCUCCUAGCAAUUACAGUUCUAGCCAAUGAGCUUCAGUCCCUCGCCUGCCCAGCGUUAUCCAAUAAGGUUGCAGGGCAGUCCCAAUGGCUCAGUGGGCACAGCAGAGAGAGAGAGAGCGCAAUGACAUGGUGCACAUAUCUGCACAUGUGCGACGUAGUACACAAUUUUGAGCAAUGACAUGGUGCACAUAUCUGCACAUAUGUGACAUAGUAUGCCAUUUUUGGGACCACUUUUGGCUCAUGAGUGCUACUUUCAGAACUACUAGAUAAAAGGUAUACAAAAGUACCGGAUAAUCUCUUUAAGUGCCAAAUAAAGUAACAGGGUUGACUGUAACAGGGUUGAUGAUUUCUUAAAUCAGCCAUAAAUCCCCUUGUGACAGCGGAAAUGGAAGCUUGCUGUGUGUAACAGGGACUGGCAAUUGAAUGGAAGAAAAUAUUUAAUUGUAAAAAAAAAAUGGGUAACAGGGUUGAGGUGUUAUGCUUGAACAGCUCAGUUUUCCACCACAAAACACCAGAACAUUGCCUAAAAGAGCAGAACCAGCUCACAUGCUUUUGAUUUUACUAUCAAAUGUAAAAAAAAUAUAUAUAUAUGAAUAUUCUCCCCCUAUUAAAAUGAGAGUUCAGUUCACGUAACAGGGUUUACCUUAAAACGAGGGACAUACUUAAAUGAUUCACUAAUCACAUGAAAUAAACAAUAAUCUUCAGAAAUUACUUUGUCAAAGCAACAAAAUAACUAGGGCUUUACAAUGAUGGUGUAAUUUGGAGACAUUUUGGGAUUAAGUGGGUUAAAGUCUUCCUAGAAGUGACACAUGGUUGACAGAGGGACAUGUCAAAAUGCUGAAUAUUGGCACUUUAGUAAGCCUUUAUUCAUAUUAAAAAUCGUAUUUAUUGGUCGACUGUAUAUUAAAGAGCACUUCAUUUAAUAUAACAGGCUUUUAAAAUUCAAUAUUGGUGCACAAUUUCUACUUAAAAUAUCAAAAGGACACAAAAGGAUCUAAUUUCGUGGAAGACCCACAUAAAAUAAAAUUGUUUUUAAUGAAUAUUCUAUUUUCCAGAUGUGAGUCUUGGAGACGCAUUGGAGAGAGAGUGACGUGAAACUAAACAUUCCACUUAUCCCACUCUAGAAAUAGAUAUUGAAUUACUAUACAUUUUACACUCCUUACUGUGACCAUUCAAUGAAUUUUCCUUAGAAAUCAAGGCCAAUUUAGUCAAAUCCUAUAGUAUAAUUUAUGUGGAAAAACUAUAUCACACUUGUAUACUAGAAAAUGCAAUGAUAGUACAUAACAUCAAAACCUCUGAAAGCAUCCAAGUCUUAUACUGGUUAUGAUAAUGUUACCUGCUAAUUUCACAAACACAUCAAAGGUGAUGCAGAUUAUUCAACAAGUGGAACAUCAGCUCAACCUUAAUCUCUCGUGGACUAAUUACGCAAUAUUUUAGUUCUGGACAGAACCCGGGUUAACCGAGAUUAGCUCAUCUCUGAUCCCAUAGUACCACCCGGGGUCCCCAUACCACCAAAUCCUCUACAGCUGGUACAAAGGCCUGCAGGAAUAUGAUAGCACAAACUAGCUGUGUCUAACGUGACUUCUCCUAUUGAGUUUCCAGUUUCCACAUCAUGCUAACAGUGAACCCUAACAUCCAUGGGAACAACUCUCUUCUCAGGGGACUUGGUCCCUGGCCAAACUCUUCUUCUCAGCCUUCUCAGAUACUUGUCUCACCACUAAUACUAGGCUAGUGUAGAUUAUGACUAUGAGAAAGGGAAGGGCUGUGAUGGUGAGAGAAAAAUAGUAAAUUAUAACUACCGGAAGGGUGCGAUGGUGAGAGAUCACACCGUAGUACACAUUUUUUCAAUCUCUGGCUAAACAGGCAUUCAAUGUGACUUGUUUCAAGGAAACCCAUGCGUAAUAAUAGGAAAUGUUGAUACCAAAUGUGUCACUAUCCUGGGGGUGAUGUAAUACAUUUAUUUUUUGUCAUUUUGUAAUAAUCCUAGACCUCGUGGCGAUACAGUCAGUAUAUGAUAUCAGCUCUCUCUUUGUGGUCAUGAGAAGAAAGAAACGGCCCAACAUCAGUUAGUGUAGUUGUGCAAUCCCGACCGUUAGAGUGAAGAGAGUGGAAGCUUGAGGCAGCCAAGAUAAUAUGUUUUUCUCUGUAUGGUUUCCUAUCAUAAGUGACAUUGGCCAUGUCACAGUGAUGCUUGAAUAGUGGUGGUUAUGCCUUAAGUGUUAGUAUCCCUUUUUUUCUCACUAUUGCCACAGUUCUAACCUGUCAUUCAAUCCCUCAUUUCACACACUAGGAUACUCCACAUAACUCAGUUUCACCAAACAAAGUGAUAUGAUAAGAUUUAACUGAAAAAUGACUAUCAAAAAUGGGAUCAUUAGUAACGUAUUGAAUCGCAUUGGGUUAAAGAGAGAUGGCCAACUCAUGGAACCAAGAGUCUGAAGAUUACACAGUGAAAUUGAUUGGAAUGCCUGGACAAUCUAUUUAAUAAAUCUGUUAUUCUCCUUCUGUUCAUUCUGCAGGCAGAUAUUAUGUUAGACUGAAUGAGCGAGAGAGAGAGAGAGAGAGAGAGAGAGAGAGAGAGAGAGAGAGAGAGUGAGAGUGAGAGUGAGAGAGGGGGGGGGGGGGGGGGUGAAGUUAGCCGACGGUGCUCUUUCCUGCUGAAUCAUAGUGUGGGAUGAUUCUAUAAUUUAUUUUCAUUCACUGUUGUUUAUUUAUAUGUCCGUCUCUAAGGGGACAACCGGAAAUGGGGUAGUUAGAGAAAGAUAAGGAAAAGAGAGAGGAAGGAGGAAAGAGGCAGUCAGGCAGCCAGAUCAGAGCAGUUCCUCACACCACCGCAAACUGAUUCUGAUCAUAGAUUAUCAGAUUAUAUUUAUAAGCAGCACAAACACCUCAUCGCUCUUGGGUGUUAUAGUUACCACUGUAUCCUAGUAGAAUGAUGCAGCUCUAUAGCCACAACCCUCACCUCCAGGGUAUUGAUAUCAUUCACAUGAUAAUGUUUCUGUAGGUGUAGGAAACUAGGUCAUUAGUGUUUUAAUCUAAACCUGAGUCACAAAUGAGCAUAUUUUAGCAGUGGGCCUCUCUGGCUUUGUCCGAAAUGGUACUCUGUUCCCUAUGUAGUAGACUACUCUGGUCAAAAGUAGUGCACUAUGUAGGGAAUAGGGUGCCAUUUCGGACACAGACUCCAUUGUGGAUUUAAGUGGACUCUGAAGGACAAGGUGUUGGUGGACAUGAGUGUCAUCACCUCGUGCUUUGUUUGUCUGAGAAUGUAAUGUAAACCUGAUGACAAGACUACCAGACUAGAGCUCACAGAAUGAGGUUAAACUAAUAGAUACACAAACACACUUCAUCAUGUAUCCCUUUCUCUCUCCAACCAUCCCCCUCUCUGCCUCCUCCCAGCACAUUCUGUUUCUCUGACUACACACACAACAUUCUCCCAACCACCUCACACACACAUACACAGAAAAUGUGCUGACUCAUGUCAUGCCAUUGUUUCCUAUGCGUGCAAUUGUAUCCUAAGAAAUACCAUGUGCCUCCACUAGUCCCCUCUAUGUAAACCUGCUUUAUCUGUGCAUCUCCAUUAGGUGUGCUUUCACGCACAUGCAUAUAUGUGCAUGUGCGUGAAAGCGUGUGUGUGUGUUUGUACGUGCAUGUGUGUACGUUUGAGAGAGACUGCAUCUCAAUGUCUUUAAAUAGCAGGCCUUAGCGGUCCAUUGUGACACAUCUGGGCUGUUUCAGACAGAGGGAGGGAGAGGGGCAGAGCGGGGCCAGGGGGGAUUGUGGGACGGAAGCUGUUGAACUAACUCUAAGGGCCAACAGAGAUGAGCACUUCACACUGACGCUAUCCCAGGACACUGGGAGUAACCUAACCCUUGUCUGACCAACACCCAGUAGCAGCUUUUCCAGUGCUUACCCUUUGUCCCUGGGUCCUCCUGACCUCCAAGGAAGGAAUCCCACCUGGAACCUACUGCUUCGCUGUCCAUCAAUAUCCAAUAUCCGUGCCAUUGACGGUAUUAACUGAAAAAUACCAUAUUUGGAGGAGGAUGUGUUUUCUGUGGGGAAGUAUUACAUUUUACAGAUGUUGGAAUCUGUAAGUCUGAUGAGAUCUUUCUCGGGCAAAUACGUAUCUUUCUUUCAUGACUUUUGUACCCUGCACCUGCAAGUAACUGAAUGGGCUCUAUUUUCCCAAACCUAACACAAUGGUAAAUCUAUGGCCAGGGGUGUGUCAGAAAUACUGUAUUUUGCUAUUUUUACUAUCACAAUUAUCAGCGUAUUUGCUGGCAUUGGUGCGAAAGGGCUUGAUUUUGAUGAAUAAACAAGUUGUGGGUGUGUCAAGGCUUGGCCCCUCACUGGCCAAUCAGAACGUGUUCCAUGGCAAAAUAUGUGGUUGCUUCAAGAUGUGUAUUUAAGGUUCAAUCAACUCCAAUUCCAAUGUUAGUCUGUUAUAGUUUGUUAAAUGGCUUACAGAAACAAAAUAAACAUAAAUUCACCUAUCUUUACUAAAUACAUUAACUUGAACCCAUUUGCUGUCCACAUUGUUCUAAGUAAUUGCAUGGCUUCAAUAGCAUUCACACUGAUAUAGGGGCUAGGCCUACUGUAAAUUGCAUUAUGGCUGAGCAUGGUUAUGCCAAACAUUGUCAAUAAGCAAGAUUAAAUUAAUUAUUGAUAAGGCCUAAAAAGUGAACGAAUAAUUCGAAUCAAAUUCUAAACACAACAACAACUUAUUUUAAAUAGGCUAUGUCACACUUACAGGCACCAUCAUUUCUCAAUGUGGGCAUAUAAUAUUAAAACAAGGCAGACUAUGGAUGGUUUUACGCACAUCCAAACCUUUCACAGUAGCCAGACAAAGAUCCAAUAUAAAUAGAAAGGGAGAAUGCCCACUCACUGUUAUACUGCUCCCAAAUAGGCCUAUGUUUUAUGAACAUAAUCGGAAGCCUUUUACAGAUCAGAUCGCAUUCACACAUCUCCAGAAAACCACGUCACCAUAAAACCAGGAAGGUGAAUCAUUCUAAUGUUAGGCUGUAAUAAAACAAGCAGGAAAAAAAGUAAUGAUAUCAUCAAAUCGCCAGGAUAAAAAAGACACGAACUGCUGUUGAACCAGCCUUUGUUAUAGUAGGCCUAAGGUAGGUAUUGGGUUUUGAACACAUGAAACGGAAAACAAGCAAUUUUUACAGGUUACAGACAUGGCUUCUGAAUACAAGGUUCAAUGGUAUUCACCGAGGUUCAAUGGUAUAUCUCUCGUUUCAUGAUGGGCAUGGGCACGUAGCCUACAUCAUGGAGGGGGUUUUACGCACGUCCAAAACGGGACCUGCAUGGCUAAAAUAAUGUGGACCUGCCUACAAUGCAUGGGAUAAGAAGGGAAUGCCAGCUCACUGUUUUAGCUGAUAUAAGACAGGUAAAUUGCCGAACCUUUCCUUAGGGGUGGAAAACAUUACGAAAUUGCAAACUAACGUUCGUUUGACAGUAGCGCUGCCUUAUGCUGCAGCAUCAUCUAGAUAUGUGGGCAACAAAAGUUAAACAUUCACCUUCUGCUACCGUUUCUGUCAAUCCGUCUACACAUACAGUUUGAUGCAUACGUUCGAUAAAUCCAACGUAUGCACCACACAGAACGCACUGCAACUGCCUCUGCAACGCAAUGCUGCAAAGCAAAUGCAGCGUUCCAUUGGAAAUGAAUGUACUUCUGCUGUCCCAAAACGAAAAACUCAGUCGAAGCGUUAACGCCAACCGAAAAUAGAGCGCAAUGUGUGUUAGUGCGUGCACUUUUCCUCAUACUUCUUUGCUACAAUAUGGAAUGCAUUUUUUUACGUUUUAGUCAUGUUUGUUUGUCUUGAAGUCAUGAUGACAUUCGAUUACAUUUCUUCAAGAAUGUUUUAGUAAGAUAACACUCAAUGUAAGUAGAACACCAUAUUUUCCCAUAUCAAGGAUACACUGAUAACAAUGUGUCUCUCCUUUCCUUCAGGUCUCUGAAAAUGUAGAACUCUCAUUUUGAUUUAGCUUAGGUAUUUUCCUUAGGCUUUCAAGUGCUUUGAUUUUUGACAUUAGGAAUGAGGUGCUGAUUCACUUGUAAAAGUGAAGACAGAGCGCCUACCAUAUGGUUGUUUACAGUCACUGAUAAAACACAGAAAUAGAGAUGCCGGGUUAGUAAUUCACUUAAACUCUCUCCAGACAGUGCAAGUUUUGAGGCCUUAAGCCUAUUUCUGAACAUAAAUCACUGUGUUAGAUAGUUAGUGACGGAGAUACAACGUUAGACACUGGUCAGAUCUUGACCAGUUGACUGUCUCUCCCAGCUGGGUUGGCUCUGGGCCUCUGCAAAACAGAUAGAGUAAAUGUAACACUCCCGUGCGGUUGGAACGUCCACCCACACACCCACUAACUCUUGUCAGUCUUUUACAAACAUUGGCAUAUAUGGGGCUAGGAGGGUGCGCUAGCUUUUCAUUUCAAGCAGUAGUGAGCUACUCCUCUAGCCUGGUCCCAGAUCUGUAUGUGCUGUUUUGCAAGGCAUUGACCAUAGCUGUUGGAUAUGCUGAAUAAACAGAUCUGCGACCAGGCUAGUACUUCUCAGCACCUCUGGGGCAGUAUGAUGUCUCUAUAUCACUGCCAAAAACUGUCCCCUCUGUAUACCUACUACUACAUAAAUACAUGGAAUAAAGAGUAAGUGGUGUCAGUGUCAUCUUGAUACACAUCUACUGUCCUACAAAAGUACAUUGACUGGUUUACAAGGAGCUAUGGGAUUGUUUCUAGAUUGAGACAAAAUAGGAGUUUUGAAAUACUCACAUGCCGUGAGGUCAAUCAAUGAACUGAGUUGAAGCUCUGUGUAUCAGAACUUUGUCCAUUGAAGCACACAGCACGUAAUACCAUUACAUUGUUUGACAUCAAUGUUUUACUAAGGGUGGGCAAACAUUUCUAUUGGGCAUCAUCCCUUGACAAUAAGAUACAUUAAGAUGGGAAUGUUCAUCUCACACAAACAGUUAACUUUUUCAUUCUGCUAAACUUGCUUUCACCCAAGACCUCUCCACCAUUAUCCAGAGAGAGGUGUGAGUGUGUGUGUGCAUGCGUGAUUGUGUGUGUGUGUAUACAUAUACACUACUGUUCAAAAGUUUGGGGUCACUUAGAAAUGUCUUUGUUUUAGAAAGAAAAGCAAAUGUAUUGUCCAUUAAAAUUACAUAAAAUUCACUGUUGACGUUGAGACUGGUGUUUUGCGGGUAAUAUUUAAUGAAGCUGCCAGUUGAGGACCUGUGAGGCGCCUGUUUCUCAAACUAGACAUUCUAAUGUAUUUGUCCUCUUGCUCAGUUGUGCACCGGGGCCUCCCACUCCUCUUUCUAUUCUGGUUAGAGACAGUUUGCGCUGUUCUGUGAAGGUAGUAGUACACAGCAUUGUAUGAGAUUUUCAGUUUCUUGGCAAUUUCUCGCAUAGAAUAGCCUUCAUUUCUCAGAACAAGAAUAGACUGACGAGUUUCAGAAGAAAGUUAUUUGUUUCUGGCCAUUUUGAGCCUGUAAUCCCACAAUUGCCGAUACUCCAGAUACUCAACUAGUCUCAAGAAGGCCAGUUUUAUUGCUUCUUUAAUCAGCACAACAGUUUUCAGCUGUGCUAACAUACUAGCAAAAUAGUUUUCUAAUGAUCAAUUAGCCUUUUAAAAUGACAAACUUGGAUUAGCAAACAAAACGUGCCAUUGGAACACAGGAUUUAUGGUUGCUGAUAAUGGGCCUCUGUACGCCUAUGUAGAUAUUCUAUUAAAAAUCAGCCAUUUCCAGCUAUAAUAACCAUUUACAACAUUAACAAAGUCUACACUGUAUUUCUGAUCAAUUUGAUGUUAUUUUAAUGGACAAAAAAAUUGCUUUUCUUUCGAAAACAAGGAAAUGUCUAAGUGACCCCAAACUUUUGAACAGUAGUGUAUAUGUCUGCUGACAUGUGUUAUCUAGGUUAUGUGAGCCUGUAGAGCUGCUCUACUAGCCUACUGAGUGUGUUAAGUGUCUGUCUGUCUCAUGCUGUGAGUGUGACGUCCACCCAACACACACCCUGUAUUCAGCCUCCAGGGCUAAAACACUAUGCUUGUGUAUUCUAUCUUAUAGGCCUAAUGACUGACUGUUGAGUGCAGCAGUGUGUAUAUCUUAUGAGCCUAAUCUGGACCACAAAGACCCUUACACUGUAUAAUUUAUAGAAUAUGUCUUUCACUAUGCAGAAUUCAGUCUCUCACUCAGGGUGAAACAGCAUUGACUGCCAGUUUCUGUACAGCAGGUCUCCGUGCUGUAGUGUGCUACAGGUUGUUUUAGUUAGAGGGAAAGUUCAAGACAAGUCUUCAUACUUACAGAGAGAGUUUGGGCUGGAUUCUCCAAAGUACUCCUGCUGAAUGGAGAAUCUCCAUUGAAAGUGCUUUUCAGUCCAGGAAAUGGAGUAUAGUCUGUGUCCAGGAAUCAGGCUCCUACAGUUUUGUUUUGACUCCUCACUGCUCUUCACACUUAAAAGAGGCUCUCUGAAUUCCGAUCAUUGUAAUCAUCGCAACACCCAUGGCUUUAUUACCCUGUUAUCUGUAUCUGCACCUGUAAAAUGGAGUAGAAUCCAUCCCUACGGAGGUUGGAACAACCUGACACUCCCACACUCCCAGUUCUAUGAGUCAUGUCAAACAUAAGAUAGAGGAUAGCCCCAGAUCAUGUCUGUGCCCCAAAUGGCACCCUAAUCCCUACAUUGUGCAUUACUUUUGACCAGAGGCCUAUGAGCUCCCAGCUGAAUGAGUCAUGUCAAACAGAGGAUAGGGGAUAGCCCCAGAUCCUAUCUCUCCUCUCCAGCAGACCUACGUCCCACAGGCACUGCGCUGCGGCUGGGGCAUACCCACUCGUCCACACUUUCACACAUGCAGUGUGAUGGGGUGAGUCACUCAUGGGGCAGACCACACUGUAUGCUAUGGCUAGUAUCCAGCGGGAGGGAGAGGGACCCCCACUCUUGGAACCAACAAUGUUUGUGUACCUCAUUGCCCAGACAACGCUGCAGCAGGAUGAAUGACUGACUGACUGGAAGGAGACACCUCAGUAUUUAUUCAGUUUGGAGCACAUCCAACAUACCUUACUGUAUACAGUAUACUGUACAUGGUACAUCCACCCUGACCCCCUCUCAGAUUCAACAUGAGAUAAAUUAUGAAGUGGAUUAAAGGUGGAUUAAAGUUUAAAGGCAAACAAUAUACCGUACCAGUCAAAGGUUUGGACACACCUACUCAUUCAAGGGUUUUUCUUUAUUUUUACUAUUUUGUACAUUGCAGAAUAAUAGUGAAGACAUCAAAACUAUGAAAUAACACAUAUGGAAUCAUGUAGUAUCCAAAAAAAGUGUUAAACAGAUCAAAAUAUAUUUCAUAUUUUUGAUUCUUCAAAUUAGCCACCCUUUGCUUUGAUGACAUCUUUGCACACUCUUGGCAUUCAACCAGCUUCACCUGGAGUGCUUUUCCAACAGCCUUGAAGGAGUUCCCACAUACGCUGAGCACAUGUUGACUGCUUUUCCUUCACUCUGCGGUCCAACUCAUCCCAAACCAUCUCAAUUGGGUUGAGGUUAGGUGAUUGUGGAGGCCAGGUCAUCUGAUGCAGCACUCCAUCACUCUCCUACUUGGUCAAAUAGCCAACACCUGUUGUAUUCAAUUGGGUUGAGGCCGGGUGAUUGUGGAGGCCAGGUCAUCUGAUGCAGCACUCUCCUUCUUGGUCAAAUAGCCCUUACACAGCCUGGAGGUGUGUUGGGUCAUUGUCCUGUUGAAAAACAAAUGAUAGUCCCACUAAGCGCAAACCAGAUGGGACUGUGUAUCGCUGCAGAAUGCUGUGGUAGCCAUGCUGGUUAAGUGUGCCUUGAAUUCUAAAUAAAUCACCAACAGUGUCACCAGCAAAGCACCCGCACACCAUCACACCUCCUCCUCCAUGCUUCACAGUGGAAACUACAUAUGCGGAAAUCAUCCGUUCACCUACUCUGUGUCUCACAAAGACACGUCAGUUGGAACCAAAAAUCUCAAAUUUGGACUCAUCAGACCAAAGGACAGAUUUCCACCAGUCUAAUGUCCACUGCUCGUGUUUCUUGGCCCAAACAAUUCUCUUCUUCUUAUUGGUGUCCUUUAGUAGUGGUUUCUUUGCAGCAAUUCGACCAUGAAGGCCAGCUUCACGCAGUCUCCUCUGAACAGUUGAUGUUGAGAUGUGUCUGUUACUUGAACUCUGUGAAGCAUUUAUUUGGGCUGCAAUUUCUGAGGCUGGUAACUCUAAUGAACUUAUCCUCUGCAGCAGAGGUAACUCUGGGUCUUCCUUUCCUGUGGCGGUCCUCAUGAGAGCCAGUUUCAUCAUAGCGCUUGAGGAUUUUUGCGACUGCGCUUAAAGAAACUUUCAAAGUUCUUGACAUUUUCCGGAUUGACUGACCAUCAUGUCUUAAAGAUGGACUGUUGUUUAUCUUUGCUUAUUUGAGCUGUUCUUGCCAUAAUAUGGACUUGGUAUUUUACCAAAUAGGGCUAUCUUCUGUAUACCACCCCUACCUUGUCACAACACAACCGAUUUGCUCAAACGCAUUAAGGAAAUAAAUUCCACAAAUUAACUUUUAACAAGGCACACCAGUUAAUUGAAAUGCAUUCCAGGUGACUACCUCAUGAAGCUGGUUGAGAGAAUGCCAAGAGUGUGCAAAGUUGUCAUCAAGGCAAAGGGUGGCUACUUUGAAGAAUCUCAAAUAUAAAAUAUAUUUUUAUUUGUUUAACACUGUUUUGGUUACUACAUGAUUCCAUAUGUGUUCAUGAUUCCAAAUGUGUUAUUUAUAGUUUUGAUGUCUUCACUAUUAUUCUACAAUGUAGAAAACAGUAAAAAUAAAGAAAAACCCUUGAAUGAGUAGGUGUGUCCAAACAUUUGAUUGGUACUGUAGCUAAGAACAUAAUUGACAUUUAAAAAAAUCUGUGUUCAUAUUUGGAUUUGAUUUUAUUCUACACAAUAUAUCACAGAUCAAUAUUGAGUGGAAGUCAUCAAUUUAAAUUCAACUAUAUAAAUGUAAAUACUAUUUCCACAAUAUUUCAAUCAUAAGUCUAAAGAAUUAUAUCCAGAGAGAUGAAUAAAUUCCAUGAAUAAAGCUCAUUAUGUGUUGUUCAUGGUAUCCAGGAUAAACAAACAAUUACUUAUUUUAAAGUACACAGAGUGAGUAACUUAAAAGCGGCUUUCCUAGCUGGCUCCCUGACGUAGCGACGCACCGAUGGGCGUUGUUCUUCCAUAAUGAGAUACUUUAUAAGUGCAGUGCUGCCACUGACGUCAAUCUAGCCAGAAGGACUUGUGACCCGUGGACUACAGUUUUUGGACUCUUUGGGGAAACGUGCUUUUUACGAUUUUCGGCUGAAAACCGUUUUUUUUUUUUUUAUAUAGUCACUCCGCAGUCGCACUAAGUAA